GGUUACCUAAUCGCUGCUCCUUCAGUGUUCCGUGCUGGUGUGGAGGAGGCCUUGAGUGUCACUAUCUUCAACGCUGUGGAGGAGACGCACGUCCAGGUCCAGCUCUCUGUGAAGGGUGAGACAGUGGCACACAGCCAUGGCACUGUGCUAGGUGAGGACCCACACACACACACACACACACACACACGCUGACAUAGGAACACACACCACAGUUUCUUACACACACUGAGUGCACACACACACUUACAGGGGAACACACAGCGUGAGGCUGAUUGACCUGUCGGGUGAAGUGUAUACUACUGACCUCACAGGGCCCUUAACAGAUGUCGCUUUUGAAUGGGGGUUUAUUGUUAAGCCUGGCUUGUCUAACCAGGCUAUUGUGUAUCUAUGUGGGAUUUGUUUGACAGCUGUACUAAUUGAUGGGACUUCAGCGCUUAAUUGAAAGAGCCUGCAGCUGUAUUUCCUGCAAAGAGUGCAUCACUCCAGUUCCACUGGUUUUCCUUUACUCUGGCAAUUAAUUGAUAUCCUUGAUUGGGUUGUCACUAGUUACGACAGCCACAAAGGCUAUAUCGUAAAAAUGCAUGAUUUUUAGUUUUUUGGUCUUACUUUAAGGUUAGGAUUAGGCAUAAGGUUAGCAGUGUGGUUAUGGUUAGGUUUAAAAUCAGAUUUUUAUGAAUAGAAAUUGUAGAAAUAGGCGGGGUUUAGCCAUAAUUAUGAAUCUGUGGCUGUGGUAACUAGUGUCGACCCCUUGAUUGGCCAGAGAUUCCACAGAACUGGUUAUUGUGAUGUAUCUAAGGUUUAACCAGUAUAUAACUAAAAUUCUUGAUUACUGUAAAAUGCAAGGACAGAAACCAGUAUACAUUGUGGCCCUCAAGGACCGGUGUUGACACAAGUUAAUGUUCCUUGAAUCCAACCACACAAUCACAAGAACUCAAUCAUGAAAGAUCAGAAUAUUUUGCUUUGUUAUGUGUGAUUUUAUUCAUAUUUUUCAAUUUCAGACAAAGGCACAAUCAAAUUAAAGGUGAGAGCAACGUCAUUGUGUUUAACAGCAUUUCUAUCUAUCGUUUGUUAAUAGUUUUUUUAAAUCUUUGUUGUGUAGUGUUAUGAAUAAAAACAUAAUUGUUGUUUCAAGAGUGUAAAAUGGUUGUGGCUCCAGCUGCACAGUAGUGAGAUCCCAGUCAGUUUGUCCAUAUUCCACAGAUGACAUGCAAAACAACACUAACAUCAUUUGUAUGUGAACAUCUGCCUUUUUGCACAUUCAUUUGGAAUAAGGUAACAGCCUCAAUAUAAUAUGCAACAGCUGUUGAUGUGCAUGUAUGGGUCUGCAGCCCCCAAAGGCUGGAAUGGAUCAAUCCAACAUGCACAACUUGAUUCCUCCCCUCCCUCUAACCCCCACCCCUGUCUUUAUCAAAUAUAGUAUUGUAUUGUCCACUGUGGUCGCUAUGCACUUCUGCAUCUGGUUUGCCACUGGUCUUUGUGGUUUUGUGUUAGGUACCGCAUCCUGAAGAUAUGUGUCCUUCCUGGUUUCAGGUCCCUCCUGGUCUGAGAGGUCAGGCCCAGUUAAAGGUGUGGGGGAAUCGCCAAAUCACUGAGGGGGGAUAUAUCUUCCACAACUACACCACUGUCACUGUGGACAGCAAGGGCACAGCCGUCUUCAUCCAGACGGAUAAGCCAGUCUACAAGCCCAAACACAAAGGUCUCAGCCUUCCAGGCCCUUCAGUAGCAGUCAUUGACCUAAUCAUAAACUUCUACAGUAGAUAGAUUUAUUCAUAGGCCAUUGUGUGUUGUAAGAAGCCAGUCUUAAUAGCAGCCCAGGAGAAAAGCUCAUGACAUGGAUUGUUUAUUGCACUCUACAUUAGAAAUGCAUUGAAAUGGGUAAUAAUCUGUGCCUCUCUCAAUCCAGUGCUCAUCAACGUGUACUCUGUCACUCCGGAUCUGAGGCCGGCCAAUGACAAGGUAAUGCACCCAGUCUCCACAUCAAAGCCAAGACAUCACACCCAUUUACAGGAAAUGAAUGGGAUAUGAAAUAUGAGAAUCAGGUGUGUUGACCUAAUGUGUAUCAGUGGGCCUUGAUUCCAAGCAGCUGGCCUCCUCUCCUUUGAUGUGUAACGGCUUCAAAUGAAGGGUGGCAAGCUAGUUUUUACAAACCUAUUUUUCCAACAUCCCGUCAGAGGGUAAUGAAGUGGGGGGAAACCUGGCCUGAGCCUGAAUGCACACUAAAUGUACAGUAACCUAUUUACCUCCACAAACCUUGUCAUUUCUGCUUGAAUGUUUAGAAAUGGCUCCAAAUAUAUAGUUGCCGCUGUGUAGACAGUGUGUUUAUUGAUGGCUGGAGCUAUAAAGGUCUGCUGCUGGCAAAGGCUAACGCUCUCACUCACAGAUGGAUGAUUGUUGGAGAGGGGGGAGGAGGUGGAUAUAUUUUGCCAUGUGGCUGUGCAGUUUGCAGUUUGUCUAAUAUGUGUGCUGUCCUUGACUCAUUUUUUUACUCUUCUUCUUCCCAUGGUUGCAGAUUGAGGCCUACGUUGUGGUAAGUGGAGGGAGAGGGACCACCCGGGCCUAGAGGGAGGGCAACGGGACACUGGGGGUUUAGUUUACCAACCCCAGGCAGGAGAUUACAGGGCAGGGAAGAACUCACUUUGAUAACAGGCCUGGGCUCUGAGCUCCAGCCUGGCCCCUACAGCAGGCCCAGCUAAUGCUGCACAUGAAAGGAACCGCUCUCGCUGCCUCAGCUGCUCUCUCCUGCUGUUACUAACUCCUCAAUCCCUCCCUCCCUCUGUCUCCCCCUCUCCCUCUCUCUGUCUGUCACUUCCUCUCUCCUCCCCUCUCUCUUCUCCCUCUCCUUCUGUCCCUCUCACAUCCUCUUGUGCUCUGUCUGCGGUAUCUUUGCAGGGCAAAUAUGCUGCUUGGUGUUAAGAUGCCAGAGGAAGCUGUGUAAACGAGCUCAGCUCAGUGACUAAGAAACUGUGUAGCUGUUUGUGUUAUUCUGUCACCUGCAGCCUGCAGUCCCGUGGCCCUCUUGGUCAGGGAAGUGUCUAUGAGAGUGGCUGUAAUUAACUGAUUGACAGACAUUAGUGUUAGUCUUUCCCCUUGAGUCAGAGCCAGGUCAGUGUAUGUAAGAAGUAGCUUACUGUAGGAUAUGGAGUCUAGACAUCACGCAGGGGUUACCCCCAAUAUAUUUAUUUAUUUAUUUGCACAACCCUUACAUAACUUCACUCAUGAGUACUUAUGUAAGUUCACAGCUUUCAUGUCGGGAGAAACAGAGUGAUGCGUGUUUUGAUGAAAGUAGAAUCUCUUGAUCAACUGUGUAUUCAUACUUUGGAUUGCAGGACCCAAGAGGAUCUCGGAUGGUCCAGUGGAAAGGGCUUAAACCCCUCUGCUGUGGUGAGAAACUCCCUAUGUUAUCAUUAUCAUCACCUACUGUGUAGUGACUGCUGUAGCUCAUGUGGCGUUGAUCGUUUUUUGACCACUGCUUCUCUCCUCAGGGGUCGUCAACAUGAGUUUCCCUCUCUCAGACCAGCCCGUAUUUGGAGAGUGGUUCAUCUUUGUAGAGAUGCAGGGGCACACCUACAACAAGUCAUUUGAAGUGCAGAAGUAUGGUGAGUUGCUACUUGCUACCAUUGAUCAAAUCAAACAACAUUUUAUUUGUCGCAUGCGCCGAAUACAACAGGUGUAGACUCUUUCCCAACAAUUCAGAGUUUAAAAGUAUGCGUAUUUUUUUCUCUCGCAAAUAACAAGAGAAAAAAGGAAAUAGUAACAGAAUAAAAUAACAAUAGCGACGCUGUAUACAAGGAGUACCAGUACUGAGUCAAUGUGUAGAGGUACGAGGUAGUUGAGGUAAUAUGUACAUGUAGGUAGGGGUAAAAGUGACUAGGCAAUCAGGAUAGAUAAUAAACAGAAUAGCAGCAGCAGCGUGUGUCUAUGUGUGAGUGUGUGUGUGGCGUCAAUAUGCAUGUGUGUGUUUUGUGUGUGUGAGCGAAUGUAGUGUGUGUGUGUGUUGGAGUGUCAGUGUAGAAUGUGUGUGGGUAGAGUCCAGUGAGUGUGGGUAGUGUCCAGUGAGAAUGACAGUACCCAAUGCAAAUAGUCCGGGUAGCCAUUUGAUUAACUGUUCAGCAGUCUUACGGCUUGGGGGUAGAGGCUGUUCAGGAGCCUUUUGGUCCCAGACUUGGAGCUCCGGUACCGCUUGCCGUGUGGUAGCAGAGAGAACAGUCUAUGGCUUGGAUGGCUGAAGUCUUUGACAAUUUUUAGGGCCUUCCUCUGACACCGCCUGCUAUAGAGGUGGAUGUCUGGGAGCUCGGCCCCAGUGAUGUACUGGGCCGUACGCACUACCCUCUGUAACGCCUUGCGGUCAGAUGCCAAGCAGUUACCAUACAUAAGCGGUGAUGCAGCCAGUCAAGAUGCUCUCAAUGUUGCAGCUGUAGAACCUUUUGAGAAUCUGAGGGCCCAUACCAAAUAUUUUCUGCCUCCUCAGGGGGAAGAGGUGUUGUCGUGCCCUCUUCACAACUGUGUUGGUGUGUUUGGCCAAUGAUAGGUCCUUAGUGAUGUAGACACUGAGGAACUUGAAGCUCUCGACCCGCUCCACUACAGCCCUGUCGAUGUGAAUGGGGGCGUGCUCGGCCCUUGGUUUCCUGUAGUCCAUGAUCAGCCCCUUUGUCUUGCUGACGUUGAGGGAGAGGUUGUUGUCCUGGCACCACACUGCCAGGUCUCUGACCUCCUCCCUGUAGGCUGUCUCAUUGUUGUCGGUGAUCAGGCCUACCACCGUCGUGUCAUUGGCAAACUUAAUGAUGGUGUUGGUCGUGCGCGGCAACGCUGUCAUGGGUGAACAGGGAGUACAGGAAGGGACUAAGCAUGCACCCCCGAGCGGCCCACAUGUUGAGGGUCAGCGUGGUGGAUGUGUUGUUGCCUACCCUAGCCACCGACCCGUCAGGAAGUCCAGGAUCCAGUUGCAGAAGGAGGUGUUUAAUCCCAGGGUCUUUAGCUUAGUGAUGAGCUUGGAGGGCGCUAUGGUGUUGAACGCUGAGCUGUAGUUAAUGAACAGCAUUCUCACGCAGGUGUUCCUUUUGUCCAGGUGGAAAAGUGGAGUACAAUAGAGAUUGUGACAUCUGUGGGUCUGUUGGGGUGUUAUGCGAAUUGGAGUGGGUCCAGGGUGUCUGGGAUGAUGGUGUUGAUCUGCAACUUUUAAAGCAUUUCAUGGCUACAGAUGUGAGUGCUACGGGGCGAUAGUCAUUUAGACAGGUUACCUUGGCGUUCUUGGGUACAGGGACUAUGAUGGUCUGCUUGAAACAUGUAGGUAUUACAGACUGGGUCAGGGAGAGGUUGAAAAUGUCAGUGAAGACACUUGCCAGCUGGUCAGCGCAUGUUCUGAGUACGCAUCUUGGUAAUCCGUCUGCCGCCCUGCGGCCUUGUGAAUGUUAACCUGUUUAAAGGUCUUAGUCACAUCGGCUACGGAGAGCAUGAUCACACAGUCGUCUGGAACAGCUAGUGCUCUCAUGCAUAGUUCAGUUUUACUUUCCUCGAAGUGAGCAUAGAAGGUGCACUACAUGACCAAAAGUAUGUGGACACCUGCUUGUCCAAAAUCAUGGGCAUUAAUAUGGAGUUGGCCCCCCCUUUGCUGCUAUAACAGCCUCCACUCUUCUGGGAAGGCUUUCCACUAGAUGUUGGAACAUUGCUGCGGGGACUUGCUUCCAUUCAGCCACGAGCAUAAGUGAGGUCGGGCACUGAUGUUGGGCGAUUAGGCCUGGCUCGCAGUCGGCGUUCCAAUUAAUCCCAAAGGUGUUUGAUGGGGUUGAGGUCAGGGCUCUGUGCAUGCCAGUCAAGUUCUUCCACACCGAUCUCGACAAACCAUUUCUGUAUGGACCUCACUUUGUGCAUGGGGGCAUUGUCAUGUUGAAACAGGAAAGGGCCUUCCCCAAACUGUUGCCACAAAGUUGGAAGCACAGAAUCGUCUACCUCUCCCUCUACUCCACACAGUGAUGCCCAAGUUUGAGCUGGUGAUAGACCCUCCACGGUACAUCCGGGACCUCAACACAUGUGAACAGGCCACUGUGAAGGCCAGGUGAGUGACUGACUCACAGCAUUCACCUCAUCCUAACAUGGUCAAUGUGAUGCCCUAACACAUACUGUUCUUUGAGCAUUAGAGAGGCAAAGUAGCACCUCUACUCCUGUUUGAACACAAACUACUUUUCUGUCUUUAGGUAUACCUUUGGGAAGCCAGUGACCGGGAAGAUGACACUGAACAUGACUGUGAAUGGAGUUGGGUACUACCGACAUGAGGUGGGCCAUCCUGUGGUCAAGACCAUGGAGGUGAGUCAACCCAGCUGUAGUGUUGAAGAAUCUGAAACAGGAAAAUGGAAUCACAUUCAAAUCUGCUGAGUUUCCCCCUUUUAGGAUUAAAUUCAGAUAUUGAAGUCUGUCUGUUUCCUCCCCUAUGAUUAGAUCAAAGGCUCAGCGACCUUCAGCCUGUGUGUCAAAGACAUGAUGCCCCUGGACGUGGCUGAUCACUUCCGGGGCACGGUGAGCAUGUGGGUGUCAGUGACCAGCGUGGACGGAGGGCGGCAGACCAUGUUCGAUGAUUCCACCCCAGUUCACAAGCAGCGUAUCGACAUAAAAUACUCAAAGGACACUCGUAAACAGUUCAAGCCUGGUCUGCCAUACAAGGGAAAGGUAAGAGACAGCCAAAGGUAUUCAUACCACUGACUUCACAUGGCCUCUAUCAAGGGAAGCUGGACUGUACAAGACUUGGGUUCACUUAUGCGUCUCCAUGCGAGAGACUUGACUGUCUGUCCCCCCUGUCUUUCUGUCCACCAGGUAGAGGUAACCUAUCCUGAUGGUAGCCCAGCGGAUGGGGUGCGGGUGCGUGUGAAGGCGGAGCUGACCCCUAAGGACAAUGUGUACACCAGCGAACUGACGUCCAGGGACGGCCAGGCCACGUUCGAGAUCCCCUCCAUCCCCACUGCUGCCCAAUACGUCUGGCUGGAGGUCAGUAGGCCGUGGAGGUGGAGAGUUAGAGCGAGAGAGAGGUGUAAAUGAACAUGGUUAGGGCUUAGUUAGCUUCUCAUAAGAGCUAUUCAUAAAACCGAGCCAGCCAGCUAGCUAGCUGGAGAGUUGGUUAUGGUUUGCGAGAAUAGAGCUUUGUGAAAUGAAGAUACAGUAAAAGGUCCUUGCACUUGGCAAAAUAAAUAACCAUUAAAAUGUUUGUAAAUGGGUGCUAGUCAACAAAGUUGAACAAUUUAUCAGAUAAGCUUAGUGGGCUGAGGCUGUUAGGCGCUAUCAGGAUUUUGCUUGAUAGGAUUUAGCUUGAUGUCGUAGUCCAGAGAGUGGAGUGUAUUGGUGGGUUAAAUCCUGUGGUGUUGUGCCCCAGACCAAGGUGACAGCCAUAGAUGGCCGUCCGGCUGGAGACCAGUACCUCCCCAGCUACCUGUCCAUCAGCAGCUGGUACUCCCCCAGCAAGUGUCACAUCCAGAUCCAGAGCCUCAGUGCUCCUCUCAAGGUAGGCACUCCACUCACUCUGCUAUCAUUACUUUACUAUCCACUCUGCUAUCAUUACUUUACUAUCCACUCUACUAUCAUUACUUUACUAUCCACUCUACUAUCAUUACUUUACUAUCCACUCUGUUAUCAUUACUUUACUAUCCACUAUACUAUCAUUACUUUACUAUCCACUCUGCUAUCAUUACUUUACUAUCCACUCUACUAUCAUUACUUUACUAUCCACUCUACUAUCAUUACUUUACUAUCCACUCUACUAUCAUUACUUUACUAUUCACUCUACUAUCAUUACUUUACUAUCCACUCCACUCACUCUGCUAUCAUUACUCUACUAUCAUUACUUUACCAUCCACUUUACCCCACUCUACUAUCAUUACUCUACUAUCAUUACUCUACUAUCAUUACUUUACCAUCCACUUUACCUACCCCACUCUACUAUCAUUACUUUACCAUCCACUUUACCCCACUCUACUAUCAUUACUUUACCAUCCACUUUACUAGCAUUAUACAUAAUCAGGUCUCCAACACCAUCAUUGAAACAUUGGACACAUAUCAUAUAUGGAUUGUAUGUAAAGAGUAAUAACAGAGUACUACUUAUACUAUUAUAAUCAUUAUGAUGUCCAUAGAGUAAAGGUUUAUUCUGAAUGGUGUGUUUGUCUGUGUGUUUAGAUCGGUGAGGAGGCUGAGGUCACUUUGAAGUCCACCUGUCCCUGUAACUUCACCCUCCACUAUGAGAUUGCCUCCAGAGGGAACAUCGUCCAGUCUGGCCAGCAGCAGCCCAACGCUACAGCCCACAGAAGCAAGAGGGCAGCGGUCACUUUCGACAAGAACGUCCACACAACCCAGCCGCCCAGUGGCUCUGGUCAGUAUUAGAGUCCCAGAUGAGAAGUCUAUUUUGUUCCAUAAUGAAGAGCAGAGAAUUUUGACCAAUUGGCACCAUGUUUGCACCAAAUGUCCAAUACAUUCUGCUAAGAAAACAUAGAGGAUAGUUUGUCAAACUCUGUACAUAUAUGGCUCUGAAUCACCCCUCUCUGUCUCUUCCCCCGCCUCUCCAGAUCCGGCAGCCUCCUCCCCACAGGACGAGACAGACAGCUGUAUGUCGGUGCUGCGUUUCCCGGUGACCCACGCCAUGGCGCCCCUCAGCCGCCUCCUGGUCUACUACGUGAGGGAGAACAGAGAGGGCGUCACUGACAGUCUACAGAUCCCUGUACAGCCCAGCUUUGAGAACCAGGUACCGUAACAAGACCUCCACGUCUCUCUGAGUCCUUGCAUCCCUCACUGUGCACUGCACACACUCCUGCCUGUACACACAGUCCUGCCUGUACACCCAGUCCUACCUGUACACCUAGUCCUCCCUGUACACACAUUCCUCCCUGUACACCUAGUCCUCCCUGUACACACAUUCCUCCCUGUACACCCAGUCCUCCCUGUACACCUAGUCCUCCCUGUACACACAUUCCUCCCUGUACACCCAGUCCUCCCUGUACACCUAGUCCUCCCUGUACACACAUUCCUCCCUGUACACCCAGUCCUCCCUGUACACCUAGUCCUCCCUGUACACACAUUCCUCCCUGUACACCCAGUCCUCCCUGUACACCCAGUCCUCCCUGUACACCCAGUCCUCCCUGUACACCCAGUCCUCCCUGUACACCCAGUCCACCCUGUACACACAGUCCACCCUGUACACACAGUCCUCCCUGUACACACAGUCCUCCCUGUACACACAGUCCUCCCUGUACACACAGUCCUCCCUGUACACACAGUCCCUGUCAGAAUGAUAGGUAGGUCUAUCAUGGUUGCCAGUCUGCCUAACCCUAACCCCAACUCAUGCCAGACAACAAAGGAGUUGGCUAAAGCAGAAACACACUGGCAACCAGACCACGUUCAGUUUGGGAUGAUUCUUGUGCAGGCUUCCAGUUGACUUGAGUACCAUAGUUGACUGAAGUCCCAUGCUAUACUACAGUGGGAUCCCCAGUGCCAGUGAGUCCCUGUAAACAACCAGCUGGGUUGGCCCAUGAGCUCCCCAGUUGCUGGCUGCAUUAGGCGGGGUGUGUUAAGUCCUUCCCUGGAGUUUUUACUGCUUCCUGGAAUGCAAUCAGUGAGGUAGGGGGAGGUAGUUGUGUGUGUGGCUACCUGCAUGGACAUGAUGAGACAGAGACUGUGUGUGUGUGUGUGUGUGUGUGUGUGUGUGUGUGUGUGUGUGUGUGUGUGUGUGUGUGUGUGUGUGUGUGUGUGGAGCUGAGUGGGGUCAUGACAGGCAGGAUGAUGAGGGGUUAGGUUUGGAGCUGAAAAAAGGAGGCCAGUGGAACACAUUAACAGGGCUAAAUUGGGCUUGUGUGUGAAAACCGGUUUGGGGUGUGAAAGUUUAGGGCUGUUCUGUCUUCAGGCCCUGCGUUUAACUGUUGACUCCUGACCAUAAAUACAUCAUGGCUUCAGCUACGGUUCUCACAGGAGCGCUCACAGUUCAGUUGAAAGGCUCUGUGGAUGAUGUCCCCAAUCAAACCUGAUUCAUCUUGAGUUUGAGUUUGCAAUAACGGCAUUUCACUGUACUUGUGCAUGUGAUAUUAAAACUUGUAACUUGAUCUGUAUAUUUUCUGUGUCACCUAUUUUCUGUAGGUGUCUGUCUCUCUGUCCACCAAUGAGUCGAUGCCAGGUGACCCUAUCAGUCUGCGUGUCAGUGGUGAGAAGGGCUCCUGCGUGUGUGUCGCCACCGUGGACAAGAGCCUCUAUCUUCUCAAGCCAGACUUCCAACUCAGUCCAGACAAGGUCUGUCUCCCUCCAUCUUACCUUGUUUCUAAUCUAUAGUACCACUAAUCUAUAUUCGGACAGGAAAUGAAUGUAAGCCAUCCAUGUCCACUGUUCGUUCUGUAGGUGUUUAAAGAACUGGCUGAAUUUGACGUGUCCGAUGCCUUCGGAGUCCCCAAAGACGACGGGCAUUUCUGGUGGCCGGGGCUGUCGUCUAGGCGACGGAGGCGUUCUUCAGUGUUCCCAUGGCACUGGGACAUCACUAAAGAUGCCCGCUUCGCCUUCACGGUGAGGACAAUACUCCGUCACCAAUCAAUCACCUGACGUGGCAUAAGAUCUUCAGUGUAGAUCGUUUUACAAUGUGUGUCUGUGUAACAGGAGACUGGGCUGGUGGUGAUGACUGACAUGGUGAGCCUGAACCACAGACAGAGGGGAGGGAUGUACACAGACGAGGCCGUUCCUGCCUUCCAGCCUCACACAUCCACACUGGUGGCAGCCAUGCACUCUCGCACCAUGCCCAGGUAGCUACAGGCACAGAGCCAGGUUUCUGCCCACUGAAGCUAGCCACUGUGCCCCACUAGUAUCUGAAAUGGACCUAUAACUUUAAUCCUCGAGAUAAACAUUAUACACAUGGUAUGCCUUAACAAAUGUCAGCAAGGAUUUAGAGACAAUCCAUUGUCCAAUUACGGAUUAUUGCAUCCAGAUCCAUAAUGGAAGGCCUUUAUUGAUGUCAGGUUGUGUUGUGUUUUGGUUGCAGAGCAGAGAAGCGCAGACGGACAUUCUUCCCGGAGACGUGGGUGUGGCAUUGCGUCAAUGUCAGGUACUGGAAUACCUACAUCAUCUGUGUGUGUUUUCGCGCUUGUGUGUGUGUGUGUGUGUGUGUGUGUGUGUGUGUGUUUGAGUGAGUGGGUGGAGAUGGUCUCAGCUGCAUCAGAUUGUGGGGAUUUGGUGGCGUUCCAGAUCUGUAAGCAUGGAAGAUGGAGGAGUGGGUGGGGUAGGAGGAAUAAGGGAGCACAUAUUUGAGAGGGGGAUAUUUCACCACUCGUUGACUGUCCAGCAUUUUCUCCCAGUGGGUGUGAAUGUGGCUCAUUUAAGCAGGGUUGUCUUGGAACACGCACCGGCUUUCUCAACAGCUCCUUCCAUUCAUUUCCAGCCAAUAUAAAUUAACUGGCCAUAUGUUUCCAUAUGCUUGAUUCCUUUGGGCAGAGUUGUGUUCUGCCUAAUUUCCUAUUCAAUCCAAAGCUUUGAUUUCACUUAUUGAGUGUAUCAAAGUAGUUUUUGGGUGACUUUCAUCAAAAGGAAGGGCGUUAGUAAUUUCCGAAAACGUUUAUUAUGCUCUGUGAAGCCGGCCAAAACCAACGUCAGAACGAGUAGCCAACAAUGAUCUCACCCAUCUAUACCGAACACCUACCUGCCUGUGUUUAAACCUAUGUAGUGCUAUGGGCAGAAUAUUACUUAGUUACAGCUGUUCCCCUAAUAAGACACAUACUGAAUUAGAUCAAUCCCAUUCAUCCCAUAAUGUUCUUGUUCCAAACAUUGGUCUGAAACACUAUUUACUAUGGGGUCAUGGUUAGAGAACAUUGCUUUGUUGGAAUCGUGCAUUAGCUUCUGUGUUUCAGUUUUUCCACAAAAUCUAUUUUGACAGUGAUGUCACUGGGGAAGCUGAGUUGCUAUUGGACGUUCCAGACUCCAUUACCACCUGGGUGACGGAGGCCAUUGGCUUGUCAGAGGAGAAGGGGUUGGGCCUUGCCAAGAGGGUGGAGCUUCGUACCUUCAAGCCCUUCUUCGUAGACUUCACCCUCCCCUACAGUGUGAUACGUGGGGAGCAGACCAAAGUACCGCUGACCGUUUACAACUACCUGUCUAGCUGCACAGAGGUGAGGGGGUGAGGAAAGGGGCGGACAGGGGGAGCAAUUCUAAACCAUGACGAUCAAAUAUAAAUAUUUACGCUCGGAGCAGAGCAAUCCAGUCCUAACAUGACCAUAAGUGUGUCCAUCCUCCAGUUAACAGAGAUGACAUCAUGGUGUUGGCAGAUGAGCCUGUUAAAGGGCUGUGCGUGCUGCGCUUUAAUGUCAUGUUAGGUGAUUAUGCAGGCCAAUGGAGCCCUCCCUUUGAUGUCUGCCUGAACAUGUGAUUCUUAUAUUUCCUGGAAAGUUAUUUACGACUUGUGGCGUGUGGAUAAAGAACAGUGAAACGAUCUGACUGCAUUACCAAGUCCUCUGUGAAAUUUGGACAAUGAGUAGAACUUAAUCCUUCAGGGAGCCUGAGAGCAAUGAGUCAGUCUGCAUGGAAAAUGUGCAAUGUGAUUCAGAAAUUCCCCAAAAUCCUUUAAGAGCUUUGAGGAGGUCACACUGCAUGAAAGAACGGAGUGCAGAGCAGAUAUGAUGUAAUCAUGUCCUGUCAGAAGAAAUCCAUCUCUGUUGUGUUAACACAGGACCUUCGUGUGUGUUUGUGUGUGUGUAUGUCUCUCUCUCUCUCGGUCUUACUCAGGUCCAUGUCAAAGUCACCGUUCCCAAAGGCAUCAAGUUUGUGGGCCACCCUGGAAAGCAUCACCUGACCAGAAAGAAGUGUGUGGCUCCUGGAGAAGCCACACCCACAUCCAUAGUGUUGUCCUUCACUGAGCUGGGUGCUGCCAACAUCACAGGUUAUUCCAGCUAGUUACUGGGGAACCCCCGGGGAAGAGUUCCAAGUUGUCUCAUAGUUCUUAAAGUUCCUGAAAUCCUCAACGUUUUCUGAUGUUUUAGGCGUAUUGCUAAUAGCUCUUGAAGUUUUGGUUUUUAAUUCUAGGAUAUUGCAGGUUGGUAUGGUACACUGCCCUGUUGUUCCAUGGUGUAGGAGUAGCAUCUGCUUUUUGGCUCUCCUAUCCAGCCGUCCCUAAGUCCAUGAGGCCUUUAUAGUCUGUACUGUAUGUCCAAGAGGUUCCAUGCUGCUAAAAGACCUGAUGCGUAUGUGAUUUGGUCAUCCAGCGAUACAAACAGUCCCCUCAAAAGUACAUCUGGGAACAAAGUGGGCCACCAGCAGGGGAGCAGCCGGGGCCUUGCACUGACACUCAGUGGCAUCUUGAUGAGUUUUCAGGUCACUGGCGGUCAAUGGGCCCCCCGCGGCUAUGUCCCCUGGCCCCUAGUCUUUCCCUCUCACUACACACACACAAAGAGAACACAUUGGCUCACAGCCACGACUCCAAUGUACUCCUCUGCAAAGGGAACUACAUGUUCUUUGACAAACAUGUUUUGUGUUGUGCAGCGUGAGAUUGUGUUGUUGAUAGAUGUGAUGUGUGUUUACAGAACUAUUGGUGGUUUUAUAUGUACUUUAAAAAACAUAUUCUUGAAAUAGCAUUCUUAACAGUAUACUCUCUAGGUUGCUGCUUGUUCAAUGUAUUUUAUACAGUGAGUUUGUACUUGAAAUCUAUUAAAUAAAAGUCCUGCUUAAUGGGAACUUACAAGCAAAUAAAAACAAUGCUGAUAUAUGGUGAAGUGAAGUGUAUCUCUGUUUUUUCUGCCAUAGCGCGGGCCAUUGCAUAUAGUGAACCGGGCUGCUGCUCAGAUGGACUCCAGUCAAUGAAAACAGGCAAAAACACAGAUGACCUAGAGGAUCGGAGGACCCCCACUGGCCUUGACUAUGUCCGGAGGAGUGUCCUGGUGGAGGUAUGAGAAAUGGGAGAGAGACUGCCUAGGGAGAGAGCUGAGAUGGGGAGCAGAUGCUUGCUGUAUUUUGUACUGUCAUUAGUAGAGUGAUGUCAGCUCUAACAUGUUUCUCUCUUUCUCCCCCCUACAGCCAGAGGGCCUGCCCAGACAUUACACCUACAGUGUCUUCUUCUGCCCCAACGGUCAGUAUAUACUUAUAUGUUGUAUUAUAGUACUGCACAGGUAUAAGAGCAAAUACAUUUUGAGUGUUACCUAAUACCGGUCUGCCUCAAUACAGUCUGAUUUAUUUUCCUUAAUCUGACAUUUCCAUUUUCAGAGCGGAUCCACAUCUCUACACCCAACAAGUAUGAGUACCAGUACGUGAAGAAGCCGGCCAAGAUGACCCACUUUGAGGUGGCAGUGAAGACCCACAACGACGCCCACUUUGCCCUUUCACCCAGUCCCCAUGACAGUGCUGAGAUGCUGGAGAUUGUGCUGGGGGGCAGACAGAACACCGGCUCCUGGAUCUCCCUGGGCAAGAUGGGCGAGCCAGUGGUCAGCGCCCCCACUCCGGGCAUCCUCUCCUGGGAUGAGUUCCGCAGUUUCUGGGUCAGCUGGAAGGGUGGUGUGGUACAGGUAAGAGGAGGAGGAUGGGCAAACCUAGUUCUCUUUUGGGUUUUGGAGCAUCUAUUCUACAUAAUGAGUUCUGGGAUUUGUGUCGUCUUAUGAAUCCUAUACAGAUCCACUGUGGCAUCUUCAACAUAGAGCCCCAGUCAAUAAGUCAGUCAGUCAGUCAGGGCAUGAGGUAGAGUAUAGUAGUGAGUUGGGGUAGUGACUGAGAGUUAAACAGGGAGCAUUAGACUGGGCAGGCACAGGGGGCUGUGUAGUCAAGAGGACUGGCGCCACUUUUAAUGACAUGCCUGUGAGGUCACGCUUAACUGGCUGAUGUCAGCGAGGACACUCAGUGAUCCGUGGCGUCCGCAUGGCGCUGCCUGGCACACAGGCCUGAACCCUGCAUUAGCCUCGCACCAUUCACCAAAGGGAGCAAUUAAAAGCCUGCUCUAGAACCCAGUAUGGCCCAAUAAGAUUCAUUUAUUUUUCUAGUGACUGAUUGCAUUUUGGUUUGAUGAGCCAUGUUUAGCUCUGCAUGGUCUUUGGUUUAAUGUGAUUACAAAAUGCCUAGAAAUACCCAGGGGGAAAUCUGUUCAUUUGCAACCACGGAUCGAGUGGAUGUUGAAUAAAUUUGAUGAAGACUGCUCUUGCCAACUCUUGGUAAUGGACUUUAUGUGUGCCUCGGAUUUCUACAUGCAAAAUCAACCCAAACAGCUCUUUAAGUAGAAUCGUAUUGUGUUCUAGUAUUUUCCUAUUGACUUUAAGUCACAAGGUCUUCCUCUGUACAGCAUGAGCGAACACCUUUUUCGACCAUUUUCUCAUUAGAUCAGUCUUCUGAUCAGUGUGAAAUUCAGGACCACAUUUAUAUCGUAUCAGGCUUUUAUUGGAACCUGGCAAAACCCAAGGCACAUUCUUUAUUUUUUUUGUAAUCUUUUAUUUUACUUUUUUUGACAAUAAACAAAAAACAUACAUAGAAAAAAACAAUAGACAACUUAACAUAUACAGUGAGGGAAAAAAGUAUUUGAUCGCCUGCUCGUUUGCCCACUGACAUGAAUUGAUCAGUCUAUACUUUUAAUGGUAGGUUUAUUUGAAAAAUGAGAGACAGAAUAACAACAAAAAAAUCCAGAAAAACGCAUGUCAAAAAUGUUAUAUAUUGAUUUGCAUUUUAAUGAGGUAAAUAAGUAUUUGACCCCCUCUCAAUCAGAAAGAUUUCUGGCUCCCAGGUGUCUUUUAUACAGGUAAUGAGCUGAGAUUAGGAGCACACUCUUAAAGGGACUGCUCCUAAUCUCAGUUUGUUACCUGUAUAAAAGACACCUGUCCACAGAAGCAAUCAAUCAAUCAGAUUCCAAACUCUCCACAAUGGCCAAGACCAAAGAGCUCUCCAAGGAUGUCAGGGACAAGAUUGUAGACCUACACAAGGCUGGAAUGGGCUACAAGACCAUCGCCAAGCAGCUUGGUGAGAAGGUGACAACAGUUGGUGCGAUUAUUCGCAAAUGGAAGAAACACAAAAUAAAUGUCAAUCUCCCUCGGCCUGGGGCUCCAUGCAAUGGAUCAUGAGAACGGUGAGGAAUCAGCCCAGAACUACACGGGAAGAUCUUGUCAAUGAUCUCAAGGCAGCUGGGACCAUAGUCACCAAGAAAACAAUUGGUAACACACUACGCCGUGAAGGACUGAAAUCCUGCAGCGCCCACAAGGUCCCCCUGCUCAAGAAAGCACAUAUACAGGCCCAUCUGAAGUUUGCCAAUGAACAGAACUGAGUGAAAGUGUUGUGGUCAGAUGAGACCAAAAUGGAGCUCUUUGGCAUCAACUCAACUCGCCGUGUUUGGAGGAGGAGGAAUGCUGCCUAUGACCCCAAGAACACCAUACCCACCGUCAAACAUGGAGGUGGAAACAUUAUGCUUUGGGGGCGUUUUUCUGCUAAGGGGACAGGACAACUUCACCACAUCAAAGGGACGAUGGACGGCGCCAUGUACCGUCAAGUCUUGGGUGAGAACCUCCUUCCCUCAGCCAGGGCAUUGAAAAUGGGUCGUGGAUGGGUAUUCCAGCAUGACAAUGACCCAAAACACACAGCCAAGGCAACAAAGGAGUGGCUCAAGAAGAAGCACAUUAAGGUCCUGGAGUGGCCUAGCCAGUCUCCAGACCUUAAUCCCAUAGAAAAUCUGUGGAGGGAGCUGAAGGUUCGAGUUGCCAAACAUCAGCCUCGAAACCUUAAUGACUUGGAGAAGAUCUGCAAAGAGAAGUGGAACAAAAUCCCUCCUGAGAUGUGUGCAAACCUGGUGGCCAACUACAAGAAACGUCUGACCUCUGUGAUUGCCAACAAGGGUUUUGCCACCAAGUACUAAGUCAUGUUUUGCAGAGGGGUCAAAUACUUAUUUCCCUCAUUAAAAUGCAAAUCAAUUUAUAACAUUUUUGACAUGCAUUUUUCUGGAUUUUUGUUGUUGUUAUUCUGUCUCUCACUGUUCAAAUAAACCUACCAUUAAAAUUAUAGACUGAUCAUGUCUUUGUCAGUGGGCAUACGUACAAAAUCAGCAGGGGAUGAAAUACUUUUUUCCCUCAAUGUACAUGGAAGAAUCAAAUGCUUUAUUAUUUAAAUAUUGAACAAAAUCUGGCUACAGACAGAAACAAUAUAAUAUAUAAUACAGUCUGAAGCCAUAUGGGGCAGAGUCUUACAAGCAUUGAAAACAACAUUGGGUGUGGAUACAGUGGGAAUGUGAGUCUGAGCAAGUGUGAUGUCAUUAAUGUUUGUUGAAAUGUAUGUAUGUAAAUGUUAAGCACUGCUCAUUGUUUUAACUACUAUAAAUGAGAACGACAAAGUGCUGGGUCUAUUUCUCUAACCAGCACUCGAGUUGCCACAGAUCUCAAAUCACAUACCCUACUUCUGAUCGUAAUUGCAACCAUUAGGUCAAUGAAAGGCAUCUGACCCUGUAUCAGUGGUUACGGACAACUUCACCAAUUUACUCUAGUCAAAAACCUCUCAUAUCGAUCUCUGAUAGGUCGGACAUGGCUUGCAGCCAUCUAAUGAGUCGGUGAUCCUGCAGUGGUCCAGCCCCCUCCCUGGACAGGUGCGUCACAUUGGUUUCUCCACGGGAUGGGGCUCGGUGGGUGAGUUUAAGAUCUGGAGGAAGGAGGACUCUGAUGAAAACCACAACGAGGCCUUUACACUAGGCGUUCCUCACAAUGUGGUGCCUGGCUCUGAGACCGCCACCGCAUCCAUGAUAGGUGAGGAGGGACACUUCUCUUCCACUUCUUUUUCAUUAUCUGAAGGUCUGCUGCUCCUCUUCACCCACGCACUCUGUAUACAUCCUAUUCACUUUGACAUACAGUACCUUGUCCAUGUGGUUAAUAAGAGUAUGCAUCGCCAAUUUCUCUCUAAAUGAUAUUUGAUGAUAUGGUCAUAGUCUAUUGUAAUACUGUUGAUCCUGCAGCUAAUCAGUUUUGAAAAAGAGAUUGUAACUCAAUAAAACAACCUUUAUGUGAGGCGGUGUUGCUGAUCUGUUUCUGCGCUGUGUUUUGUGAUGUCAGGGGACGUGAUGGGCCCCACCCUCAACAACCUGGACAAGCUGCUACGGCUGCCCUUCGGCUGUGGGGAGCAGAACAUGAUCCACUUCGCCCCCAACGUCUUUGUCCUCAAGUACCUGCAGAAGACUAGGCAGCUCAGCCCUGAGGUGGAGGCUGAGGCCACAGACUACCUGCUGCAAGGUAAACCACUGGUUCAAAUGGUUCAAGGGCUUUGAGAACUGUCUUGAGAUACUUUAGAUUUUCCUGCAUGUCUCCCAUUGAAAUCAAUGCAUGCUCUGAGUUAUGAAUCAGAUCUCAAGUGACCCAUAGUGAAGAUCACUAUACAAAAUCAAUCCAUUACUAUCCACUUAGUUCUAAAUCCACAGUGUAGACUUUCUUUGAUAUUCACCUGGUCUAGAUAGCAUCCACCCACUGAUACCCUCUCCCCUGUACCUUCCCAGGGUACCAGAGACAACUGACCUAUAAGCGCCAGGAUGGAUCCUACAGUGCCUUUGGAGAGAGGGACUCCUCUGGGAGCAUGUGGUAAGUCCUCUACUCUUAAUUUAGAAUUACAUCCCUCAGUAAGUAAUCUAGUCUUCCCUUAGAAUUACAUCCCUCAGUAAGUCAUCUACUCUUCCCUUAGGAUUACAUCCCUCAGUAAGUCAUUUACAUUUUAGUCAUUUAGCAGACGCUCUUAUCCAGAGCGACUUACAGUUAGUGAGUGCAUAUAUUUUCAUACUGGACCCACGUGGGAAUCGAACCCACAACCCUGGCGUUGCAAACGCCAUGCUCUACCAACUGAGCUACACAGGACCUGUCAUCUUCUCUUCCCUUAGGAUUACAUCCCUCAGUAAGUCAUCUACUCUUCCCUUAGAAUUACAUCCCUCAGUAAGUCAUCUACUCUUCCCUUGGAAUUACAUCCCUCAGUAAAUCAUCUACUCUUCCCUUAGAAUUACAUCCCUCAGUAAAUCAUCUACUCUUCCCUUAGAAUUACAUCCCCAGUAAGUCAUCUACUCUUCCCUUAGAAUUACAUCCCUCAGUAAGUCAUCUACUCUUCUCUUAGAAUUACAUCCCUCAGUAUGUCAUCUACUCUUCCCUUAGAAUUACAUCCCACAGUAAGUCAUCUUCUCUUCCCUUAGGAUUACUUCCCUCAGUAAGUCAUCUUCUCUUCCCUUAGGAUUACAUCCCUCAGUAAGUCAUCUUCUCUUCCCUUAGGAUUACAUCCCUCAGUAAGUCAUCUUCUCUUCCCUUAGUAUUACAUCCCUCAGUAAGUCAUCUUCUCUUCCCUUAGGAUUACAUCCCUCAGUAAGUCAUCUUCUCUUCCCUUAGGAUUACAUCCCUCAGUAAGUCAUCUUCUCUUCCCUUAGGAUUACAUUCCACGUCAGUUCACUCCGUAUGGUACAUAGAUUAAAACUGCAUACGGCAUCUUCACUUACCCUGGCCUGCGUGUUAUUGACAGAAACAAUGAAGCUCUUAUCAGUAACUUUGUAUACACAUGGUCAACAUUCAUACCCUCAUAACCCUGUGUUUAAUUCGGCUGAGAUAUACUCGCUGAGUGUUUAUUUAAUGUUUAUACAUCCCUGGAGGCAGGCAAGAGGCCACCACCAUGUCAUAAUAUUUGGAAUAGUGAAUAUGGAGUGUAUGAGAGGCUCCAAUGUUCCGCUUGCAUAUUCGGGCCGCUUGCAUACCUUUAGGGUGAUUUAUUAGUUGAUGUGGGUAUUGUGAUAUUUAAUAUAGCUCAGACGGUGAAACAGUAGGUUAAAUAUACCCAGGAGAAUCAAACACAAACUCAUAAUUGGUUCCCCCAGGCAGCCAUGUGGCUCCAGUGAGUUAUUUGCUGUUAAAGCGGGUUAAUGCACACAGCACAGAAUGGCCCCUGGUUGUUUUGGCCCCAUGGGCGAGGCCCCACCUCUGUAUGUAGGCUACAUUACACCCCCUCCCUCCUCACACCUACACUACCACUGGAGACACAGGAGCUUGCUAGGCUCCAGGCCACUUAAAGGGCAAUUCCGCCACUUUUCAACCUCAUAUUCAUUAUCUCCAGCACCAAACCAUUGUCUACAUAUGUGGCAAUGUAGCAUUUCAAUGAUCUGUGGUGAAAAAGAUAAAGGUCCUAAAAAAUGCUUCUCUGUGACAUCAGAGGAUUCAAAGUUUUUUUUAAUGUGUUUUUUAAAACCUGCAAUGCAUUUCUAGCCAGAGGGAGAGUAUUUUAUUGCUCCCCACGUCACUGCGAAUCUCAUAGUGUUUGAAAAGCACUGUUUGUGAAAUGUUUAAACUUUUGAUGGUGGCAGGUAGCCUACUGAAUAUGAGCAUUGGGCCAGUAACCGAAAGGUCUCUGAUCCAAAUCCCCUAGCCAACUAGGUGAAAAAUCUGUCUGUGCCAGUCCUUAAUUUGAGCCGCUCAGGAUCCGGUACCUCUCAUGGCAUGAAACAUAAUUUUCACCGUUUGCAAUGUAAAAAUCAGAAUAAAAGCGAUCAAAGUUCAUUCGAGUUGCCUCCACUGUAAUUGUCCUGCCCCCUAAAAAAAACGUAUAUUAUAUUUUAAGAAUUGAUUGAGUUUGGGCCAGCCCGGGUUUAUGAUUUGCACAACAUGGUAACCUAGAUACCAACUCGUGGCAGUUGCUGUGGUGCGAGAGAGAAGCGUGCCUGUAGCCUAUCUCUCACAGAACCAGAAUGAGAUUAACUUUCUAUGAUGUCUUUCCCUCUCUCUGCUCUGAUAGACAUGAGCCUGCAACUAUCAUCUCUCCUGAGUUGUACUUCAUCAUUUGUUUCCUUAGAAUCAUAGGGUGCUGGUGGUGCUGCAGCACCUCUGAUAAAUUGAAAUAAAUUAUACAAUAACUGCCGUCUGUUCAGAAAUAAAUGAAAUAAUUCAGAAUACUACACCAGGACUAGGCCUAUAAUUUAGUCACAGAGGAUCAAUAGCUUUAAACAAAACAAAAAAAGUUGUAUUGCCUAGCUGUGGAUUGUGUGUAGCCCAAUUACAAGGCAUUGCCUACAGUCAGAAACGCGUGGCAAAUCUGUCAGUGAACAGCAUUCAGCCAAAACAGGCCUUUCGCAAUAUUUCAAAUACAAUCUUGGGAUAGCACAGGUUUGAAAGCAAAUGGCUCCUGCUGAACAAAAAUACUUAUCUGUCUGUAGGCUGCAAAAAUAUUUUAUCAACUUCCAAACAGGCCUAUUGAGCGAACAGCAUUGUUUUUACAAACUAAAAUGAGAGAGAGGCUUUUGGCACGAGCGCAUCGACCAUCGCCGGUGAGUGAGCUGCGCAUCAUUAUGUGAGUCAGGUGAAACUGGAAAGCUUUUUUAGGACUUCCUCAUAUUGUACAAUAUGUGUGUCUCCUCCACACACCUAGGCCUAGGCUAUUGAUGGAUUCAAGACAAGGUCGUUUUUAAUGAUCUCACAUUCUCAGUUUGUCAGUGUCAAAGUAGCCUGACAUUUCAAUCAUUUGUGCGGUAUAAAAAAAGAUUCUGCUAAAGUCUCUAGUCAUGUAAAAUGCCAUAGAAUUGCAUGAAAUUAAUUUAUAAAAGGCCCAAAAAAAUAAAAUAAAAUGUCUGCUCUAGUCUAGACCACUAUGCAAAUGUGAUGAUAUGCAUGCAAUGCUGUACUAUAAAGGUGAUUUUCCGGUAGCUCAGAGAUCCCAGGUCACCCCCCUCUCGCGCUCACUUUUUGUUCCGGCACCUCCCAAUUUACAAAUUAAGCACUGCUGCCCUUGAGCAAGGCACUUAACCCUAAUUGGUCCUGUAUGUCGCUCUGGAUAAGAGCGUCUGCUAAAUGACUAAAAUGUAAAUGUAAUGUCAUCGUGUAGAACUUUUUACUUUAUCUAUUUUUCUACAAAACAUAGAAAUGCACAAUUUUCACAUACAGUGGGGGAAAAAAGUAUUUAGUCAGCCACCAAUUGUGCAAGUUCUCCCACUUAAAAAGAUGAGAGAGGCCUGUAAUUUUCAUCAUAGGUACACGUCAACUAUGACAGACAAAAUGAGAAAAGAAAAUCCAGAAAAUCACAUUGUAGGAUUUUUUAUGAAUUUAUUUGCAAAUGAUGGUGGAAAAUAAGUAUUUGGUCAAUAACAAAAGUUUCUCAAUACUUUGUUAUAUACCCUUUGUUGGCAAUGACACAGGUCAAACGUUUUCUGUAAGUCUUCACAAGGUUUUCACACACUGUUGCUGGUAUUUUGGCCCAUUCCUCCAUGCAGAUCUCCUCUAGAGCAGUGAUGUUUUGGGGCUGUCGCUGGGCAACACGGACUUUCAACUCCCUCCAAAGAUUUUCUAUGGGGUUGAGAUCUGGAGACUGGCUAGGCCACUCCAGGACCUUGAAAUGCUUCUUACGAAGCCACUCCUUCGUUGCCCGGGCGGUGUGUUUGGGAUCAUUGUCAUGCUGAAAGACCCAGCCACGUUUCAUCUUCAAUGCCCUUGCUGAUGGAAGGAGGUUUUCACUCAAAAUCUCACGAUACAUGGCCCCAUUCAUUCUUUCCUUUACACGGAUCAGUCGUCCUGGUCCCUUUGCAGAAAAACAGCCCCAAAGCAUGAUGUUUCCACCCCCAUGCUUCACAGUAGGUAUGGUGUUCUUUGGAUGCAACUCAGCAUUCUUUGUCCUCCAAACACGACAAGUUGAGUUUUUACCAAAAAGUUAUAUUUUGGUUUCAUCUGACCAUAUGACAUUCUCCCAAUCCUCUUCUGGAUCAUCCAAAUGCACUCUAGCAAACUUCAGACGGGCCUGGACAUGUACUGGCUUAAGCAGGGGGACACGUCUGGCACUGCAGGAUUUGAGUCCCUGGCGGCGUAGUGUGUUACUGAUGGUAGGCUUUGUUACUUUGGUCCCAGCUCUCUGCAGGUCAUUCACUAGGUCCCCCCGUGUGGUUCUGGGAUUUUUGCUCACCGUUCUUGUGAUCAUUUUGACCCCACGGGGUGAGAUCUUGCGUGGAGCCCCAGAUCGAGGGAGAUUAUCAGUGGUCUUGUAUGUCUUCCAUUUCCUAAUAAUUGCUCCCACAGUUGAUUUCUUCAAACCAAGCUGCUUACCUAUUGCAGAUUCAGUCUUCCCAGCCUGGUGCAGGUCUACAAUUUUGUUUCUGGUGUCCUUUGACAGCUCUUUGGUCUUGGCCAUAGUGGAGUUUGGAGUGUGACUGUUUGAGGUUGUGGACAGGUGUCUUUUAUACUGAUAACAAGUUCAAACAGGUGCCAUUAAUACAGGUAACGAGUGGAGGACAGAGGAGCCUCUUAAUGAAGAAGUUACAGGUCUGUGAGAGCCAGAAAUCUUGCUUGUUUGUAGGUGACCAAAUACUUAUUUUCCACCAUAAUUUGCAAAUAAAUUCAUUAAAAAUCCUACAAUGUGAUUUUCUGGAGAAAAAAAAUCUCAAUUUGUCUGUCAUAGUUGACGUGUACCUAUGAUGAAAAUUACAGGCCUCUCUCAUCUUUUUAAGUGGGAGAACUUGCACAAUUGGUGGCUGACUAAAUACUUUUUUCCCCAGUGUAUGUAUACACUGUUAUUGUGCUGGAGGUAAUGAAAAUGAGGUUGAAAAGUGGUGGAAUUGCCCUUUAACGGAAAAAGUGUUGUGCUUUUCGACAUGCCCUACAAACUGGAACUUGGGCAUGUCUUGUCCAAAGCAAUUUAAUUACUGCUCCGGUGUAAUUAGUAAUACCAUUAAACUUUUGCAUGAAAACCCUUCAAACCUCUGUAUGCGGAAAGAGGAUAUUAAGAAGAUAUGAAGUGUAACGGUUAUAGUAGUGUAGGCGUUGGUUCUGGAGCCAUGGGCAACACGGCAGCACCCAGAUGUUAAACCUUAUGUAAACCUGUAGCAACAAACACUUUUUUAAUCCAUCAGCUUGGUGCUUAUAUGUCAGAACAACCCACUUUUUAUUUGGGCUCCAGAGUUAAUCAUUAGCACAGGUCAUUUAAGGGCAGGUUAACAGUGCUCUUAAUGCAGUGUUAAUGUAUUCCAGCUUGUAAAAAUGUAUCUGAGUGGAAAUUACAGGGCCUAAUGAAAAGAUUGUACAUAAUGACACAGGCUCUGUCCGGUAAUACCGGGUCUGGGUGAUGCCAAGGCUUUUAGCCCUACUUUGCUCUGGUCUCUGUGGGUUGAACCUUGGGACACAGAGCUAAGGAUGAGGAUGGGCUGGUUCUCAUCACUACCCCCUGCCUGCCUCUCAGGCAGAUACAGAUGCUCUGUGUGUGUGUGAUUGUGAUUGUGUGUGUGAUUGUGAGUGUUUGUGUGUGUGUCUCUGUGUGUUAAGGGGGGUGGUGUUGGGAUAUGUCAAGAUGCCUUUGCAGGGGUGGGGGUGCUGUGGUGGGCCCUGGACCGGACCUGGCAGCCCCUCUUCCGGCAUCGCUCGCAUACCUGCCUCCGUCUGGAUCCAAUGAGAGCCACAUGCUGGUGUAAUCUGCAGAAACCCCGCCACCACCACCGCCCCUUCAAUCCCUGUAGCCUACUUAAUACCCUGGCCUGGGGUAAAUAUGCAGCCUAAUGGAAGCUCCAUACUCUGGGCCUGUUAGUGGUGCCUGGUUAGAUACAGACAGGACAUGUUAAGGCUGGCAUGAAGUGGAACAGAUAGCAGAGAACUAACUAAUACUGUGUUGUGUUAAACCAUUUAUUUCCACUCCAAUGCCAAACAGGCAUGGUGCGGAACGAGGGUGAAUAUAGCAGGAAUGUGGUGUUUGUAUCAAGCCAGAUCUUAGAUAACUGGGUGCUUGGUUGAUAGAUGUUUACAUGUUGAAUGGUUGUUAUCGCUUUGUGCUUGGACGUGGUAACCCCUUCUCUUCCAUUUACAUAUUACAGACACUCUUAUCCAGAGCGACUUACAGUUAGUGAGUGCAUACAUUAUUUUGUAAUUAUAUAUAUUUUUUUUUCAUACUGGCCCCCCGUGGGAAACAAACCCACAACCCUGGCGUUGCAAACGCCAUGCUCUACCAACUGAGCUACAUCCCUGCCGGCCAUUCCCUCCCCUACCCUGGACGACGCUGGGCCAAUUGUGCGCCGCCCCAUGGGUCUCCCGGUCGAGGCCGGCUACGACAGAGCCUGGAUUCGAACCAGGAUCUCUAGUGGCACAGCUAGCACUGCGAUGCAGUGCCUUAGACCACUGCGCCACUCUCACACACACUGCUAUUAAAGCCCUGGUGUGUGUCCAUAUAGUUUUACCACAAACAGAGCACUCUAUCAUUCAUCCAAACUAAAACUGACUGCAGAAACAACUGGAAGAGAACCAGGGCCAUCUGUUGCCUUUAAGACUUUGAGGAACCGGAACGAUACAUUUGUAUCUAUCUUUACUUUGAAGAUUUAACAUCUUCUGUUUGGACUUCUAUAGAAAACCUCUGUCUAUUUAUGACCAACUUUUUGCAAGUACUACUCAAACAAUAAAUCCGUUAUAAAACCUGCAUUAAAAUAACCAGUAGCCAGGGAAUUUAUCAUGUUGUGGCGUUGUUAACAUGGGACUUAUUUGUCAGUAAGUCUUGGUCGUUCCUAUAGGCAAUUAUAAAAACCUUGGUUCCAACUUCUAUUGACGUUCCAGGAUCCAGCUCCAAUGUGCUGUUCUGAAUGACCUCUGUGUGCCAUCCAUAACAACAUGUCAACAACUUCCCCAAACUCCAAUAAGGGAGUGGAAGCCCGCAGAGAUGGAGGGAGGUAGGGAGUGACUUCAGCAGGCCAGUGGAGGAAGCAGCCCGGUCUCUGGCGUUUACUCGCCCACUAAAUCAUCUUUACGCUACCCAGCACCUCUUCCUGGGGCCUGGCAGUUAAAGCCGGUGACACAAUAUUACUUAACAUUAUAAAAAUUCCUGCUGGCUUAAGGCUCCAUCCCUGCUGCCUCUCUGGGGAGACAUAACUUCCAGGGCACAGCAAGGGAAGAUUUAAUACCGUGGUUUAUGGGAGAGAUUUUUUUCUUACUCUCUCUUGGCUUGUUCCUUGAGUUACGGCCCAAAUGUAUGUUUGAGAAAAAAAAAACAUGGUUUAUUUAUUUAUUUCCACACUUUUUAUGGUAAGCAGCUUGUCUCAUCAUUUGGCUGCUCUGGGGAGGAUGCUGUAAUGGAAUGGCGGUCUGUAAUUAAAGGGCAUUGGCCGGAGUGUGCAGUUUUCACGGAGGGCAGUUGUUUAUGUAUGACCGUGUGUUUAUUAGCCUAGACGGGUCCCUCAGCCAUCACCAUUGGCCUCUCUGUGGGUCUGGGGUCUGAUUCCCGCUGUGAUUCCAGUUCAGAAACUCCAGGUCACACACUGUUGCUGGACAUUAGGAAUACCAACCCUGGGGAUGGCUGUUUGUAGAAGUUCUGAAUGUUUUCGGGAUAUUUCAGCAUGCAGAAAAAUACUUGAUUUGGCUUUGUGAAAGUCUUCGUUCUUGAGACUAAGAAGCUGCUGGAUCCUGUGGUGACAAUCAGCAUUUUGCCCACUCCUCCUCCAUCUUCCCAUCUUUCAUCUUCAUCUGCUCUCCCUCGCUCUGUACCCCCCCAUCAGUCUGUCUGUUUUUGCCUGACAGGGUUUUAAAGUAGUUUGAUCUUCUCAGCAUGAUGUGGCAUGUAACAGCUGCCAUCUCACUCAUCCUUGUUUCUGUUUAGAGAUUUAAAAUAUGUGACUGGUUGGGGAAUAUUUCACCACAUUUAAAUGGUUUAUGUGAACUCUGAUGUGAAGUUUGAUAAGUAUUUUUGAACGAUAUGUCAGCACAUGCUUGAAAGAGACCCAAUCCCUCCCUCCCUCCCUCUCUGUCUCUUCCCUUUUUCUCACUCCUCUCCAGGCUGACAGCGUUUGUGUUGAAAUCCUUUGCUCAGUCUCGUGGGUUCAUCUUCAUUGACCCAGAGGAGCUGCGUGCUGCCAAGGCCUGGCUCAUCAACCACCAGAGAGAGGAGGGCUCCUUCCCUGCCAUGGGACGCAUUCUCAACAAAGACUUGCAGGUGCGUGCGUAGGUGUGUGUGUGUGUCUGUAUUGUGUAACAGGAGACUGGUCUGGUGGUGAUGCCUGACAUGGUGACCCAGAACCAUAGACAGAGUGGAGGGAUGUACACGGACCAGAUGUGUGUGUGUCCAUAGGCACCAUUAACCAGUGUUAUUCUCCAUGUAAAGGGAGGAAUCCAUGGAAAGAUCUCGUUGACGGCGUACGUGGUUGCAGCCCUACUGGAGACAGGAAUAUCUACAGAGGUAAGAGGAUCAGUGGGGGGGACAGUAUUCCUCAAGGGGUGAAUCCUAACCUGACAUUUAUAUGUGGAUGUAAAUCGGACUUUCAGUGAAUAUUUCAGGCUCAGACCUAAUAACAGGCUGUGUGUGUGUGUGUCAGAGAAGGCUAGUGGGAGGAGCUAUAGGAGGACAGGCUCAUCGUAAUGGCUGGAAUGGAAUAAAUGGAACGGAGUAAAACAUGUGGUUUCUAUAUGUUUGAUGUGGUUGAUACUAUUCCUUUCCAGCCAAUACAAUGAGCCCGUCCUUCUAUAGCUCCUCCCACCAGCUUCCUCUGGUGUGUGUGUGUGUAUGCGUGCGCGUGCGUAACUGUGUGUUUGCCGGUACAUUCCCAUCAGCACCAAAGAUAGAAGUUCUGGCACGGCGCCCCCUCAUAUUUGUUAUGCUCCAGUGGCGGUAAUCUAAUAUCUAAUCCCUGGCUGACUGCAUCAAGAGAUUUAUGAGGAGGACAUGCAGAGACAAUGAUGCCUGUGGAAGGUAGGACACCCCGGCCACAUUCCUGUCACUGUGUACCUCGCCAUGCUCUUUCCCUGGUGCUGAACCCGAGACGACGUGUUCACCGGCCUGUUAAACCCUCUGUAAUGUUCUUUGAAGCAACACCUUCGGACACACUGGCAGUUGAACAAUUUGUCAUGGUCGCUCUUGUAAAAAGAGAUCUUUGGCUAUUGAAAGGUAGCAGUGUCCUUUAUUUUAAGUGCGGUAGGUCCUUUAUCUGCCAAAUACAUUGUUGCAGAAGAAUGUUGCUGUUUAUGUGGACAGGGAGUGAGUCCAUGUAAUGUUUAUGCUUCUCCUACAUUGAGUGUGUUGCCAAUACCAAUGUUAAACCCCAGAUUGUUAUUGUGUCAGCUCUCAAUUCAUUCAUGCACAGUAUUUCUUCACUCUGGCUCCCUUCCAUCCAUCUCCCUCCCCCUUCACCAAACCCCCCUCUUCUCUUCCAGUCUUCCUAUCCUUCCCUAUCUAUCCUGAAGGGCUCUCCAGAGAAUCAGGCCGCUAAAACUGAUACCAACUAUAAAAGGAUACUUGACAUCAAAGCAAAACUCCUUCCUCCUUACAAAUUCAGUUAAUUAAAAGAUGACUAGACGGACUAAAGUGAGUGGCUGUUGAAGUCUCUUCUGAGUGCGCUCAGGAAAAGGGCACAUCUGGAAAAGAUGAAAGUGCUCCUACCUUUAAUGGCUAAGAUCAUGUUUAUUUGCCUUUUGAUAAGCAGCACAUCUGAGUUGGGGAGUAUGAGUUGGAACAGUACAGAUCUUGAAGAUUCAGCAAAGAUCAAAUAUGCCUGACUUAAGCGAAAGAUGAAUACGGAUGGAGGGAAGGUGUUGUGGAGAGAGGUGUAUCCAUUACUCUUACCAAGGUUUGGUCUGUGUGCGCACACAUGUGCGACAUGUGUUAGCACACGUGUGUGUGUGUGUGUAUAUAAUUGUGUGUACUCUUCCCCAGGAGGAGAAGAUUGCUGUGGCCAAGGCAAUGGGAUUCCUGGAGAGUAACACAUACUCAGCUGAUGACCCGUACACCACAGCCCUGUCUUCCUACGCCCUGGCCCUGUUACGAAGCCCCUACGCUUCCCUCGCCCUCCGACGCCUCAACCACAUGGCCAUCACACAAGGUACUCAGCUGUAAGGAACUGAUCUCAUAUCAGUUUGUUUGCCUACCAAUUCAUAUUAAACACUAAACUGACAUGACAGCUCCACUGUUCUUUCUCACACUGUUUCUUACACUUUUCUCUCUCUCCAUUUCCUUCUUUCUCUUUCUUCUCUCUUUCAAUCAGACGGCUUCACCCACUGGAGUCUGACAGGCAGCACGGUGACAGAUGAGGACACCUUCAUGGGCUUUAGUGACGGUCUUUCUCAGUCAGGUAGACUGUCUCGCCUGCUGUGGCCAAAGCAAGACUAUCCUCUAUGACUGAUUAUGAAUUUUAGUAUUAGUGUGAGUGUCUGGUGGCUGUCUAGUGUUUUGCAUGCUAAUAGUCUCCUCCGUGUCCCAGUGGUGUCAGCGGAGGUGGAGAUGACAGCAUACGGCCUGCUGACCUACACCCUACUGGGUGACGUGGCCUCCGCCCUGCCUGUGGUCAAGUGGCUCUCCCAGCAGAGGAACGCCCUCGGGGGUUUCUCCUCCACACAGGUACCCCUCACAAGCCUCUCCGCCUCUUUGUCCAAAGCAUUCUCCAAAAUGUGGUUGUAUUUUUCCUUUAUUUUACCAGGUUACCCUCACUGACAUUUCAAUUAUCUUUUAGAAGAGAGAACUAGCUCACCAAAGUAUAUCUGAAACAACUGGUAACUAACUGGUCAUCUGGUCAGUCUGUGUCCAUAGCCUCCUUCUAAUAACUGUCUGUCUAUCCUCUUUCCUAGGACACGUGUGUAGCUCUUCAGGCGUUGUCUGAGUACGCCAUCCUGUCAUACGUGGGAGGAGUCAACCUGACCAUCUCUCUGGCCUCUACCAACCUGGACUUCCAGGAGAGCUUUGAACUGCACCGCGACAACCAAAAGAUCCUGCAGAGCGCCUCGGUAAAGAGUAGGGUCAUGUUGCUCUUAGACUCCCAUAAUGGUUAAGGUUUGGAUUGGAGGAAGGUAAUCUGAUCCUAGAUCUGUGCCUAAGGGCAUCUUCUUUCUGAGGUAAACACUCUUGCUCAGGUAGUUAAGGGACCCCUACUUGACCAGAAUACACACUACACACAUAAACUAAAGUUACACAAUUGUCCAUUUUCAAUUAUGAAAGGUAUCUUAAAUAACAUCCACAAAGUCAAUGCAGUUGAGGAUAACAAGGAGACUUUAUCUAAGCAAUUGAAUGUGUUUCCCAGUGAAUGAACCAGUGAGUGUGUUCAGGCUGUGCGUCGACAUUUCCUUCUCCUCCCCACAGUGAGGGAGUAGCUCAGGUAAGGGCUUGAACUUCUGUUCCCUCUGCCAGGCAUGUAAUUAUCUGCCCUAAUCAGCUGUGUCAGUUUAAUUGGGGGUAAUUUAGCUGUGCUGGUUAGUGGCUAGGCUAUUUGACUGCUGCUGCUUAGAUCUACAGCAUUCAAAUAAAAUAAAAUUGUAUUUGUCACAUGCGCCGAAUACAACAGGUGUAGAGCUUACUGUGAAAUAUUUACUUACAAGCCCUUAACCAACAAUGCAGUUAAGAAAAUAGAGUUAAGAAAAUAUUUACUAAAUAAACUCAAGUUUUAAAAAACGGAAGCAAACGAAAUGGGGAUAAAAAUACCUGAAUUUGUCCAAUAGAAACUUGUUUGCAACUGUUGGACUAAUGUUCUCACCCUAGAUAAUCUAGAUGCAGGCAAGAGUGUGCAAGGCGGUAUUGAAUGUGUCACUGUCUGUCCAUGUGUCACUGUCUUCUCUCGACCUGUGUGCACCUACGUUGUAAACAUAAAUUCAUAGGCUAGGUUGUAGAAACCUCAUGAUGGGUAUAGGGAAAAUUCGAAUAUCAUGUAGUAGCCUAAACCUAUCGAUGUUACAUUGAACUGGGUGAAUGGAAUAUGAAUGACAGUCAUCGAAUAUGCUGUAAUAGAAAUAAGGCCAUGAUCCUGAAAGAGUCCUCCCUCAUCAUAAACGGCACUGACUGCCACUGUGCUAAGUACAGGCAUUGUCGUGCCCUCUUCACGACUUUCUUGGUGUGUAUGGACCAUUAUAGUUUGUUGGUGAUUUGGACACCAAGGAACUUGAAACUCUCAACCCGCUCCACUACAGCCCCGUCGAUGUGAAUGGGGGCGUAUUCGGCCCUCCCACCACACUGCCAGGUCUCUGAUCUCCUCCCUAUAAGCUGUCUCAUCAUUGUCGGUGAUCAGGCCUACGACCGUUGUGUCGUCAGCAAACUUAAUGAUGGUGUUGGAGUCGUGCUUGGCCAUGCAGUCAAGAUGUGUUGUUGCCUUACCCCCUGGGGGCGGCCCAUCAGGAAGUCCAGGAUCCAGUUGCAGAGGGAGGUGAUUAGUCCUAGGGUCCUAAGCUUAGUGAUGAGCUUUGUGGACACUAUGUUGUUGAACGCUGAGCUGUAGUCAAUGAACAGCAUUCUCACAUAGGUGUUCCUUUUGUCCAGGUGGGAAAGGGCAGUGUGGAGGGCGAUAGAGAUUGUGUCAUCUGUGGAUUGUUUGCGGCGGUAUGCGAAUUGGAAUGGGUCAAGGGUUUCCAGGAUGAUGGUGUUGAUGUGACCCAUGACCAGCCUUUCAAAGCACUUCAUGGCUACCGACGUGAGUGCUACUUUACCUUCACUUCUUGGGCACAGGGACUAUGGUGGUCUGCUUGAAACAAACAUGUAGGUAUUACAGACUCGGUCAGGGAGAGGUUGAAAUGUCAGUGAAGACACUUGCCAGUUGGUCCGUGCAUGCUCAGAGUACACGUCCUGGUAAUCCGUCUGGCCCCGCCUUGUGAAUGUUGACCUGUUUAAAGGUCUUGCUCACAUCGGCUACGGAGAGUGUGAUCACACAGUCGUCCGGAAACAGCUGGUGCUCUCAUGCAUGCUUCAGUGUUGCUUGCCUCGAAGCGAGCAUAAAAGGCAUUUAGCCCAUCAGGUAGGCUUGCGUCACUGGGCAGCUUGUGGCUGGGUUUCCUUUUGUAGUCCGUAAUAGUUUGCAAGCCCUGACACAUCUGACGAGCGUCAGAGCUGGUGUAGUAGGAUUCAAUCUUAGUCUGUAUUGACGAAGCCAUGGAAUUACAGGAAAACAUCCGCACUGACUAAAGGUGGCUGCGCUUGACCCGGACUUAUAGAAAUCCCGCUGACCUCCGACGAACCAUCAAACAGCCAAGAGUCAAACAGUCAAGAUGAAUCAUACUACUCGUCGGAUGUGCAGGGCUUGAAAACUAAGACUACAAGGGAAGCACAGCCCGAUGCUGCCCAGUGACACAAGCCUACCAGACGAGCUAAACCACUUCUAUGCUCGCUUCGAGGCAAGCAACACUGAAGCAUGCAUGAGAGCACCAGCUGUUCCGGACGACUAUGUGAUCACGCUCUCCGUAGCCGAUGUGAGUAAGACUUUUAAGCAGGUCAACAUUCACAAGGCCGCAGGGCCAGACGGAUUACCAGGACGUGUACUCCGAGCAUGUGCUGACCAACUGGCAAGUGUCUUCACUGACAUUUUCAACAUGUCCCUGACUGAGUCUGUAAUACCAACAUGUUUCAAGCAGACCACCAUAGUCCCCGUGCCCAAGAACGCUAAGAUAACCUGCCUAAAUGACUACCGACCCGUGGCACUGACGUCUGUAGCCAUGAAGUGCUUUGAAAGACUGGUCAUGGCUCACAUCAACAGCAUAAUCCCAGAAACCCUAGACCCACUCCAAUUUGCAUACCGCCCCAACAGAUCCACAGAUGAUGCAAUCUCUAUCGCACUCCACACUGCCCUUUCCCACCUGGACAAGAGGAACACCUACGUGAGAAUGCUAUUCAUUGACUACAGCUCAGCAUUCAACACCAUAGUGCCCUCAAAGCUCAUCACUAAGCUAAGGAUCCUGGGAAUAAACACCUCCCUCUGCAACUGGAUCCUGGACUUCCUGACGGGCCGCCCCCAGGUGGUAAGGGUAGGUAACAACACAUCUGCCACACUGAUCCUCAACACGGGGGCCCCUCAGGGGUGCGUGCUCAGUCCCCUCCUGUACUCUCUGUUCACCCAUGACUGCAUGGCCAGGCACGACUCCAACACCAUCAUUAAGUUUGCCGACGACACAACAGUGGUAGGCCUGAUCACCGACAACGAUGAGACAGCCUAUAGGGAGGAGGUCAGAGAUCUGGCCGUGUGGUGCCAGGACAACAACCUCUCCCUCAACGUGACCAAGACAAAGGAGAUGAUUGUAGACUACAGGAAAAAAAAGAGGACUGAGCACGCCCCCAUUCUCAUCGACGGGGCUGUAGUGGAACAGGUUGAGAGCUUCAAGUUCCUUGGUGUCCACAUCACCAACGAACUAUCAUGGUCCAAACACACCAAGACAGUCGUGAAGAGGGCACGACAAAGCCUAUUCCCCCUCAGGAGACUAAAAAGAUUUGGCAUGGGUCCUCAGAUCCUCAAAAAAUUCUACAGCUGCACCAUCGAGAGCAUCCUGACUGGUUGCAUCACCGCCUGGUAUGGCAACUGCUUGGCCUCUGACCGCAAGGCACUACAGAGGGUAGUGCGUACGGCCCAGUACAUCACUGGGGCAAAGCUCCCUGCCAUCCAGGACCUCUAUACCAGGCGGUGUCAGAGGAAGGCCCUCAAAAUUGUCAAAGACUCCAGUCACCCUAGUCAUAGACUGUUCUCUCUGCUACCGCACGGCAAGCGGUACCGGAGUGCCAAGUCUAGGUCCAAAAGACUUCUCAACAGCUUCUACCCCCAAGCCAUAAGACUCCUGAACAGCUAAUCAUGGCUACCCGGACUAUUUGCACUGCCCCCCCACCCCAUCCUUUUUACGCUGCUGCUACUCUGUUAAGUAUUUAUGCAUAGUCACUUUAACUCUACCCACAUGUACAUAUUACCUCAACUACCUCAACUAGCCGGUGCCCCCGCACAUUGACUAUGCAACGGUACCCCCCUGUAUAUAUAGCCUCCCUACUGUCACUUUAUUCUAUUGUAUAUAUAGCCUCCCUACUGUCACUUUAUUUUUUACUUCUGCUCUUUUUUUCUCAACACUUUUUUGUUGUUGUUUUAUUCUUACUUUUUUGUUUAAAAUAAAUGCACUGUUGGUUAAGGGCUGUAAGUAAGCAUUUCACUGUAAUGUCUGCACCUGUUGUAUUCGGCGCAUGUGACCAAUAAAAUUUGAUUUGAUUUGACUUGGGUGACUGGAGUCUUUGACAAUUUUUUGGGCCUUCCUCUGACAACGCCUAGUAUAUAGGUCCUGGAUGGCAGGAAGCUUGGUCCCAGUGAUGUACUGGGCCGUACGCACUACCCUCUGUAGUGCCUUACGGUCGGAUGCCGAGCAGUUGCCAUACCAGGCGGUGAUGCAACCGGUCAGGAUGCUCUCGAUGGUGCAGCUGUAGAACUUUUUAAGGAUCUGGAGACCCAUGCCAAAUCUUUUCAGUCUCCUGAGGGGGAAAAGGCAUUGUCGUGCCCUCUUCACGACUUUCUUGGUGUGUAUGGACCAUUAUAGUUUGUUGGUGAUUUGGACACCAAGGAACUUGAAACUCUCAACCCGCUCCACUACAGCCCCGUCGAUGUGAAUGGGGGCGUAUUCGGCCCUCCCACCACACUGCCAGGUCUCUGAUCUCCUCCCUAUAAGCUGUCUCAUCAUUGUCGGUGAUCAGGCCUACGACCGUUGUGUCGUCAGCAAACUUAAUGAUGGUGUUGGAGUCGUGCUUGGCCAUGCAGUCAAGAUGUGUUGUUGCCUUACCCCCUGGGGGCGGCCCGUCAGGAAGUCCAGGAUCCAGUUGCAGAGGGAGGUGAUUAGUCCUAGGGUCCUAAGCUUAGUGAUGAGCUUUGAGGGCACUAUGGUGUUGAACGCUGAGCUGUAGUCAAUGAACAGCAUUCUCACAUAGGUGUUCCUUUUGUCCAGGUGGGAAAGGGCAGUGUGGAGGGCGAUAGAGAUUGUGUCAUCUGUGGAUCUGUUGCGGCGGUAUGCGAAUUGGAAUGGGUCAAGGGUUUCCAGGAUGAUGGUGUUGAUGUGACCCAUGACCAGCCUUUCAAAGCACUUCAUGGCUACCGACGUGAGUGCUACUUUACCUUCACUUUCUUGGGCACAGGGACUAUGGUGGUCUGCUUGAAACAAACAUGUAGGUAUUACAGACUCGGUCAGGGAGAGGUUGAAAAUGUCAGUGAAGACACUUGCCAGUUGGUCCGUGCAUGCUCAGAGUACACGUCCUGGUAAUCCGUCUGGCCCCGCCUUGUGAAUGUUGACCUGUUUAAAGGUCUUGCUCACAUCGGCUACGGAGAGUGUGAUCACACAGUCGUCCGGAACAGCUGGUGCUCUCAUGCAUGCUUCAGUGUUGCUUGCCUCGAAGCGAGCAUAAAAGGCAUUUAGCCCAUCAGGUAGGCUUGCGUCACUGGGCAGCUUGUGGCUGGGUUUCCUUUUGUAGUUCGUAAUAGUUUGCAAGCCCUGACACAUCUGACGAGCGUCAGAGCUGGUGUAGUAGGAUUCAAUCUUAGUCCUGUAUUGACGAUUUGCCUGUUUAUGGUUUGUCUCUCUAACCCACUCUCUCUCACCCCACUCCCACCCCUUCUCUCUCUCAACCCCAAUCUCCCUUUCUUCCUCUCUCUCUCUCUCGCUCUGUCUCUCUCUCCCUUCCCUCCUCUCUCUGCAGAUUCCCAGUAUUCCCACAGGGCUGUUUGUCAGUGCUAAAGGCGAGGGCUGCUGUCUCAUGCAGGUACGUUACUCCCCCUUCUAUAAUUUUAUCCUUCACUCACACUGUGAAUCCUCCAGAGGGGAAAAGCCAGUGCAUUCCCAUGACUCAUUGCUCUAAUGCCCAAAUUCCUGUCUGUAAAUCGGAAUGAUCUGGUAAAACGUAGGGAAUUAUUCAGCAGGGACUGUUCGUUCCUCAAUUACACUGGAUAAGAUGCUGUUUUCCCUGUACCUUGUCACUAAAACAGAAGGCUAUUUGAGGCCAGGGUGCAUAAACAACUACUGGGGGGAGUUUCCUUGUUCAGCUUCCUGCUCUAGAUAGAACACAGCGUUCCUCCUCUCCUCACUUCGCCUCUCCUGCAUGUUUAGAAGAGCCUGUCAACCUUAACCCUCUUCACAUGACAGGUGAUCAUUAUACUGGUCUCAAAUGGGUUCUGUGAUCCUUCAGAUAACUGACUAACAGUUAUUGGAUCCUUUGAAAAAGGACAGAAAGCUUAUAAGCGUAAUGCUGCAGUGUAAUCCGUGCAGCAGGUAGCCUAGCGGUUAGAGCGUUAGGCCAGUAACCGAAAGGUCGCUAAUUCGAAUCCCUGAGCCGACAAGGUGAAAAAUCUGUUGAUGUGCCCUUGAGCAAGGCACUUAAUUGCUCCAGGAUAAUGAUAAUGGCAGGCCCUGGCUGUGACCCCACUCUCCAAGGGUGUCUCAGGGAGAGUUGGGAUAUGCAAAAAAAACAUAUUUCCAAUUCACACAUGCAUAUUAAUACACGUGUAAAACAGGACAGAUAUAAGCACCCAGCAAAUGAUGAUUAUUACAUAUAUAGACUGAGUAUAUCAAACAUUAGGAACACUUUCCUAAUAUUGAGUUCCACCCAGCCCCCCCCCCCCCUCCCCCUUUGCCCUCAGAACAAUUUGUGGGGCAUGGACUCUACAAGGUGUCGAAAGCGUUCCACAGGGAUGCUGGCCCAUGUUAACUCCAAUGCUUCCCACAGUUGAGUGAAGUUAGCUGGAUGUCCUUUGGGUGGUGGACCAUUCUUGAUACACAUGGGAAACUGUUGAGGAUGAAAACCCCAGCAGCGUUGCAGUUGUUGACACAAACCUGUGCGCCUGGCAUCUACACUAUAUAUAUAAAAAGUAUGUGGGCACCCCGUGAAAUUAGUGGAUUCAGCUACUUCAGCCACACCCAUUGCUGACAGGUGUAUAAAAUCGAGCACACAGCCAUGCAAUCUCCACAGACAAACAUUGGCAGUAGAAUGGCCUUACUGAGGAGCUCAGUGACUUUCAACGUGGCACCGUCAUAAGGAUGCCACCUUUCCAACAAGUCAGUUCGUCACAUUUCUGCCCUGCUAGUGCUGUUAUUGUGAAGUGGAAAUGUCUAGGAGCAACAACGGCUCAGCCGCGAAGUGGUAGGCCAAACAAGCUCACAUAACGGGACCGCAGAGCGCUGAAGCGUGUAGCGCGUAAAAAUAAUCUGUCCUCGGUUGCAACACUCAAUACCGAGUUCCAAACUGCCUAUGGAAGCAAUGUCAGCACAAUAGCCGUUCGUCGGGAGCUUCAUGAAAUGGGUUUCCAUGGCCGAGCAGCCGCACACAAGCCUAAGAUCCCCAUGCGCAAUGCCAAGCGUCGGAUGCCAGGAGAACGCUACCUGCCUGAAUGCAUAGUGCCAACUGUAAAGUUUGGUGGAGAAGGAAUAAUGGUCUGGGGCUGUUUUUCAUGAUUCGGGCUAGGCCCCUUAGUUCCAGUGAAGGGAAAUCUUAACGCUACAGCAUACAAUGACAUUCUAGAUGAUUCUGUUCUUCUAACUUUGUGGCAACAAAGGCCCUUUCUGUUUCAGCAUGACAAUGCCCCCGUGCACGACUCCUGUAGCUCAGUUGGUAGAGCAUGGCGCUUGCAACACCAGGGUUGUGGGUUCGUUUCCCACGGGGGGCCAGUAUGAAAAAUGUAUGCACUCACUAACUGUAAGUCGCUCUGGAUAAGAGCGUCUGCUAAAUGACUAAAAUGUAAAAUGUGCACAAAGCGAGGUCCAUACAGAAAUGGUUUGUCGAGAUCGGUGUGGAAGAACUUGACUGGCCUGCACAGAGCCCUGACUUCAACCCCAUUGAACACCUUUGGGAUUAAUUGGAACGCCGACUGCGAGCCAGGCCUAACCGCCCAACAUCAGUGCUCGACCUCACUAAUGCUCUUGUGGCUGAAUGGAAGCAAGUCCCCGCAGCAAUGUUCCAACAUCUAGUGGAAAGCCUUCACAGAAGAGUGGAGGCUGUUAUAGCCGCAAAGGGGGGACCAACUCCAUUCGAUGAGCAGGUGUCCACAUACUUUUGGUCAUGUAGUGUACUACCUUACCCUGUUCAAAGGCACUUAAAUAUUUUGUCUUGACAUUCAUUCUCUGAAUGGCACAUGUACACAAACCAUGAGAGGAACCAGCUUCUGAGGGGUGGCCAGUCCUCUUCUAGCUGUGCCGGUGGAGAUUAUAAGAGUACACUGCAAUUAAGUCUAGAUCGUUCUUCAAGAUGUUAAAACGUUCAUAGAUGACCAGCAGGGUAAAAUAAUAAUCACAGUGGUUAUAGAGGGUGCAGCAGGUCAGCACCUCAGGAGUAAAUGUCAGUUGGCUUUUAAUAGCCGAGCAUUGAGAGUGAGAGUGAGAGAGAGAGAGAAAUUUAGACUCUGCAUGCAGAAUUCUGCAAAAAUAUCCUCAGUGUACAACAAAAAACACCAAAUAAUGCAUGCAGAGCAGAAUUAGGCCGAUAUCCGCUAAUUAUCAAAAUCCAGAAAAGAGCUGUUAAAUUCUAUAACCACUUAAAAGGAAGCGAUUCCCAAACCUUCCAUAACAAAGCCAUCACCUACAGAGAGAUUAACUUGGAGAAGAGUCCCCUAAGCAAGCUGGUCCUGGGGCUCUGUUCACAAACACAAACAGACCCCACAGAGCCCCAGGACAACAACAACAACACAAUUAGACCCAACCAAAUCAUGAGAAAACAAAAAGAGAAUUGCUUGACAUAGAGCAAACUAGAAUGCUAUUUGGCUCUAAACAGAGAGUACACAGUGGCAGACCCAAACUUAAGGAAAGCUUUGACUAUGUACAGACUCAGUGAGCAUAGCCUUGCUAUUGAGAAAGGCCGCCGUAGGCAGACCUGGCUCUCAAGAGAAGACAGGCUAUGUGCACACUGCCCACAAAAUGAGGUGGAAACUGAGCUGCACUUCCUAACCUCCUGCUAAAUGUAUGACCAUAUUAGAGACACAUAUUUCCCUCAGAUUACAGAGAUCCAGAAAGAAUUUGAAAACAAACCCAAUUUUGAUAAACUCCCAUAUCUACUGGGUGAAAAAACACAGUGUGCCAUCACAGCAGCAAGAUUUGUGACCUGUUGCCACAAGAAAAGGGCAACCAGUGAAGAACAAACACCAUUGUAAAUAUAACCCAUAUUUAUGUUUAUUUAUUUUCCCAUUUGUACAUUAACUAUUUGCACAUUGUUACAACACUGUAUACAUAAUAUGACAUUUGAAAUGUCUUUAUUCUUUUGGAACUUCUGAGUGUAAUGUUUACUGUUAAUAUUUAUUGUUUAUUUCACUUUUGUUUACUAUCUACUUCAGGCUUUGGCAAUGUUAACAUUUGUUUCCCAUGCCAAUAAAGCCCAUAAAUUGAAAUUGAAUUGAAAUUGAGUCGAAACAGCAGGUCCGGGAUAAGGUAGCAGGUCCGGUGAACAGGUCAGGGUUCCAUAGCCGCAGGCAGAACAGCAGAAACUGGAUCAGCAGCACGACCAGGUGGACUGGUGGCGGGGACAGACAGGAGUCGUCAGGCCAGGUAGUCCUGAGGCAUGGUCCUAGGGCUCAGGUCCUCUGGGAGGGGAGAGAGGGAGAAAUGGGAGAAUUAGAGUGAGCAGCCUAUCUCUGUCCCCCUUCCACUCCACACAUUCCUCUCUCCCUCUAUACACACACCACUUUUCCUGCUUUAAAACCUCUAUCCCUCCAUCCACACCUCUCUACCUCCCUCAGCACAUCCCUCUCUCCGGUCUGCCAGUGCCUGAGGCCUGGAACACCUGGGCUGUAAUGAGAUGACAAGAUAGGCAUGAUUAAAGAGAGAGCGUGCGUGUGCAAAACAUGCGUACAUACGUGCAGAAGUGCACGCUUGCAUGUGUCUGUGUGUAUGCUUAUGUACGUGCAGGAGCACGUGCGCGCGUGUGUGUACUAGCUUCCACACUCAAUGGGUUUGCUCUGCAACACAGGUUCUCUGCACUUUCUACUACAUCCGGAAUACAUUCUGUCUCUCCAAGCUCUGCUUGUGUUCUCGCCUCAGAUUGAUGUAUCCUACAACGUGCCUGACCCCGUGGCCAAACCAGCCUUCCAGCUCAAGGUGGACCUGAAGGAGCCCAGGCAGGAGCGUCACCCGCCAGCCCCGCCCUCCCCCCGCCACGCCAGCCCUCGCUCGCGUUCCCGUGCCGACAACCGCUCCGAGCUGAGCCGCAAACGCCGGGCUGCCACUGACGAUGAAGACCCCGCAGCCCACCAAGACAACCUAGACUACCGCAUCACCCUGGAAGCCUGCGCCAGGUACGCCUUUUAGCCUAGCAUUGAGCCUAGUAGUUUCCCUAGUUCUGCUAGCAUCUAGCCUGGUAGUUGGCCUAGUUCUGCUAGCAUUUAGCCUGAUAGUUGGCCUAGUUCUGCUAGCAUUUAGUUUAUCAUCUAACUCUGUUUCUCUCUCUUCAGGUGGCUCCACACAGGUUCUUCCAACAUGGCUGUCUUGGAGGUCCCUCUGCUGUCAGGUUUCCGUGCCGAUGUGGAAAGUUUGGAGAGGGUAGGACAUGAACAUACACACACAUUACAAUGUCGUACAGACAGACGGCAGGUAGCCUAGCGGUUAGAGCGUUGGGCCAGUAACCGAAAGGUCACUGGUUCGAAUUUCGACAAUCUGAGUCUGUCUAUGUGCCCUAGAGCAAGGUACUUAACACUAAUUUGCUCCGGGGUGCCAUACUACUAUGGCUGGCCCUGUAAAAACACACAUUUCAAUGUGUAUGUGACAAUAAAACAAAACAACCCUCCCCCACCAAAAAAGACAGACACGGUUCACAUUUGAAGGCCAUUUCAGAGGUGGGGCGUGGAAUUGAUCAGUCCCCUUCUGUUUUCUGCUCAGUCCCCUGUGCUGCUCGUGCUUCUUCCCCUGUCUCAGAGAGGUGUUUGUGGAUGUGUCUUUAUUAAUGGAGGAAGACGUUGAGUAGCUCUGCCAUUGUGCUGGUACUCUUGGCAGACAUAGACAAAACAUUUGCGCCACAGUACUGAGUACUCUGCUCUGCCUCCCUUGUAAACACAGGGGUCAUGCUGAAUGUUACUGGGAAUCGUGUACUGUGUGUGUUUAUACAGCAGUAGGGUAAUUACUAUUGAGAGGGUAUUUUUACUGCAGUGUGUCUGGAUGAGGGCCAGCUCUGGCCCAGUGAUGUUACUGUGUCUCUGGGGCUCCACAGGGAGCAAGGGCAGGGGGCACAAACCCUCACAGACCCUCUCUGGGCCUAUAACCCAGCUGCCAGGCCAGGGAAGGGCUGGGCCACUGGGGGUUGCCAUUGUUUAUCCCAACUACCCCGCUCUGAGAGCCAGAGGAGAGGGACCCAGGGACGCAUGGCAGCCAUCUGAUGGAGGGGGGUGAGAGGUUAGUUGAGGUCACCUCCCCAGGCCCUCUUCAAACACUUUUCUCCCUCAUUACUGCAGAGUUAUGGGCCCCAGAAUCAAACUAUCCACCUUCGUAAAGACCUACCUACCUGGGGGGACAGAUUCACACCCACUCACACACACACUAUCUCCCUGAGACUUGAGGGAGUCGGUGCUGACCUGUGUGUUGAAGUGGCUUACAAGCUCAGUUUACAGAGCCAGCCCUGCCCACCUCCCUGCUGUACGACUGCCUGACUGCCCUGACCAGCAGCAUUCCUCACUUCACGAGACGGAGCCUCGCUUAUGCAGUCAUGUCUUGUUGUUUUCAUAGAUGUUACUUGGAAUCCUUACACCACAUACUUUGGCUUACGCCUCUAUUGCUCUUUUUAUCCAUAUAAUGAGCUGAGCUGAAUGGAGCAAAAUGCCUUUCACGCUACGCUACGCUACGCUACCUAUUUUUAUGUUACUUUAAGUGCUAAGAGAAAGUGAAUGGAAUACAUUUAAAGUUGUUACUAUAAUUAUAGUUAUUGUCAAAGGAGAAAACAACACAGCCUUCUCUCUCUCUCUCUCUCUCUCUCUGUGUCCCAGUGGCGCCAGCUACGGCUGAGCACCUCAUAAACAUCAUCUGUCCGUAGGACUGCCACCUUUUAGAGAGCCCUGUGGGAGGAAUUAACCCUCGCCCCAACACCCACCGCCUUAGGCAGUAAACAGCAACUCCCUCAUAGACAGUCGACACUGGUACUGUUAUUGGAAGCUGGCUCCCUCCCUUUGGCUUGUAAACAGGCUUGACCUACCUACAACUGGACUGAAAGGUCACCAGAAUACUCACUGGCCAUCAGUGAGACAACAGAAAAGCUUAGCAUUGAGCCAGACUCUGGGUUCUGUCCCUGGUUCUGUACUAUAAUUCGAUACUUGUAUAAGGGUGUUUGUUGAAAGAGGUAUUUUACCUAAUGACCUAAUGUUUGGUUGAGAAGUUCAGAAUAUGUAGUGACCAUCUAUCCCCCUUUUCCUAUCAUAAAGCUGCUGCUGGACAAGAGGGUUGGUCUGAAGAGGUACGAAGUGGAUGGAAGGAAGGUCCUCUUCUACUUUGAUGAGGUGAGUUAGCCAUACUGGUAUAUCACCAUUGUAAUCUGGUGUACUGUACUGUGAUCAGUUCUAACUGUUUUACAUGUUUGCCCUGUCUCUGUGCUUGUCCCACAACGCAGAUCUCCAGUCAGUGUAUGACGUGUGUGGCCUUCCAGGCUGUCAGGGAGUACAUCAUGGGCAAGACAGCGCCUGUUCCGGUCAAGGUGUACGACUACUACGAACCAGGUGUGCCUCGGAUAGGAUGAAUAUUUUUAACAGCCCCUCACUUUGCGAGCAGGAAAACCCUCCUCUCUCUUCACAAUGAUUUACUGACCGCCUUCUCUCGGAGGAAAUUGGAAUUCUCUGGUCUGUGGUUUAAAAUACAAGUACAGAGUUGUUUUGUGGAGAGGCGUGUCCACUACUCCUACAAAGCUGUGUGUUUCUGUCUCUCUCUCUCUCUAUACAGCAUUUCAGGCCACUCGCUUUUACAAUGUGAGCGAGAGCAGUCCCCUGGCCCGCGAGCUGUGUGACGGCACCACGUGCAACGAGGUGGAGAGCUCAACCAAUCAGUGGAUAGGUAAGAGUUACAGCACUCUACUGUAUGUCCAUAACGGAACUACCACAUUAUAGUUGUGUUAGUGCCCAUUAAGCCCAGCUAAUGAAACAGUGAGAGAGAGCGCGAAGGUGUGACUUAUGUCUGACGGGGCUCCUCUGUAAACCUCCAUUUCCUGUCCCUUUACUUUCUAAGAGUGUGUGUGUCGUGCCUAAACUGUUAUUGGCACGGGCCGAUGUUGGGAAGGGAAGAAACAGAAAAGCAGGCCCACACAGGAAUGUCCACUGUCCUGGUUGUCAUCGUUUCAGCGACACAUACACACACUCUCAUUAGCGGGGAUUGAUGUUGCUACAACAAAUGGCAAAGUUUGGCCCUGUCACCGUGGUGACGGGUGGAUGACCCUGUUUGUGUUGAUGCUGUGUUUUGCCGGCCUGGCUGAGAGAGAAAGGCUGAGGGGCUGGGACCCCUGUGCAGCUGGAACCAAGGCCAUGCCCAGACCCUAGGGAACAGCUCAAAUCAACACACACAUCCUCUUACACACACUUCCUUUUUCUCUCUCUCUCCUGACACUUUCCCUCCUAUGAAAGAUGUAAUCUCUUUAUUUGCCUGACCCAUGGUUGGAAUAUUUUUUGGUCCUGUGCAUUUUACUAUAAACUAACAUUAUGAUGGUUGAAUUCCACAGCUAAAGUCACACAAUGUUGAUACACAUUGUUAGAAAAAAGUAAAAGAUCCCCAAAGUUGAAAAAAUAUAUAAUUUCUCCUAUCCUUUGUUUUUUCUUUGACCCAGGUUUUGUCCAGGGGAACCAAUGUAACAACGUGUUUGGCUGUCUGGAGGAGGAGCAGUUUGAGCGUUGCACCUGCUACAGGGACUGUGGCUACGACGGAGAGCUGGUGUGUGGCUCAGACGGACAUCUCUACCAGAACCAGUGCCAGAUGGAGGUCUUCGCCUGCCGCAACGGGACCCGCAUAGAACAAGUGCCCAUGUCCCAGUGUCCUCAGAGUAAGACUACUCUACCAGGAAUGGGCUCCAUUCCAUUUGAAAUUCAGUUCAUGAAAAAUCCUCAAUGACCGUAAUGGACAAUUAAUCAAUUCAUGAGUUUGAUGUCAAUUCAUCCUCUGAAUGGAUUGAAAUAAAAGCUGCUACAGCUGUGGCACCACACCCACUGACUGCUCUUAACACUAGCAUGCCAGGCUCUGUACCCCUCCCAGUGGCUCUGCCAGCCAGGCCCACAUAUGGCUCUGAUUUAUCGGUCAGCUGCCACACAUUGAAGAGCUAAAAACACGAUCUAGUUCAUAGUCAAACAUUACAUCCACCGAAAAUAUGUCUCCAAAAUAUUUUGAUUAUGAGAAACACCCUUUGAAGAAUUGAAGAGAGGAUGUGCUGGGAAGAGGGUGCAGGGUAGCCCAACAUGCACGUGCACAUACUCUCUUUCUCACACACACACACAUACAUACACAUGUGCACGCACACAAACAAGUAGGAGAAGAAAGAGUGAGGUGUGGCUGUGGUAACAGCUGUUCAGGUGCAGGCUGACUGCUGGAUGAAGUUUGUGAGGAGAGCUUCUCUCCCCCCUCUCUGCCCAGCGCUACUACAGUGAGGGAAAAAAGUAUUUGAUCCCCUGCUGAUUUUGUACGUUUGCCCGCUGACAAAGAAAUGAUCAGUCUAUAAUUUUAAUGGUAGGUUUAUUUGAACAGUGAGAGAAAGAAUAACAACAAACAAAUCCUGAAAAACGCAUGUCAAAAAUGUUAUAAAUUGAUUUGCAUUUUAAUGAGGGAAAUAAGUAUUUGACCCCCUCUCAAUCAGAAAGAUUUCUGGCUCCCAGGUGUCUUUUAUACAGGUAACGAGCUGAGAUUAGGAGCACACUCUUAAAGGGAGUGCUCCUAAUCUCAGCUUGUUACCUGUAUAAAAGACACAUGUCCACAGAAGCUAUCAAUCAAUCAGAUUCCAAACUCUCCACCAUGGCCAAGACCAAAGAGCUCUCCAAGGAUGUCAGGGACAAGAUUGUAGACCUACACAAGGAUGGAAUGGGCUACAAGACCAUUGCCAAGCAGCUUGGUGAGAAGGUGACAACAGUUGGUGCGAUUAUUCGCAAAUGGAAGAAACACAAAAUAACUGUCAGUCUCCCUCGGCCUGGGGCUCCAUGCAAGAUCUCAAAUCAAAUUUUAUUGGCCACAUGCGCCGAAUACAACAGGUGCAGACAUUACAGUGAAAUACUUACAGCCAUUAACCAACAGUGCAUUUAUUUUUUAUAAAAAAGUAGAAUAAAACAAAAAAGUGUUGAGAAAAAAAGAGCAGAAGUAAAAUAAAAUAACAGUAGGGAGGCUAUAUAUACAGGGGGGUACCAGUGCAGAGUCAAUGUGCGGGGGCACCGGCUAGUUGAGGUAGUUGAAGUAAUAUGUACAUGUGGGUAGAGUUAAAGUGACUAUGCAUAAAUAAUUAACAGAGUAGCAGCAACUCACCUCGUGGAGUUGCAAUGAUCAUGAGAACGGUGAGGAAUCAGCCCAGAACUACACGGGAGGAUCUUGUCAAUGAUCAAGGCAGCUGGGACCAUAGUCACCAAGAAACAAUUGGGAACACACUAUGCCGUGAAGGACUGAAAUCCUGCAGCGCCCGCAAGGUCCCCCUGCUCAAGAAAGCACAUACAGGGCCGUCUGAAGUUUGCCAAUGAACAUCUGAAUGAUUCAGACGAGAACUGGGUGAAAGUGUUGUGGUCAGAUGAGACCAAAAUUGAGCUUUUUGGCAUCAACUCAACUCGCCGUGUUUGGAGGAGGAGGAAUGCUGCCUAUGACCCCAAGAACACCAUCCCCACCGUCAAACAUGGAGGUGGAAACAUUAUGCUUUGGGGGUGUUUUUCUGCUAAGGGGACAGGACAACUUCACUGCAUCAAAGGGACGAUGGACGGGGCCAUGUACCAUCAAAUCUUGGGUGAGAACCUCCUUCCCUCAGCCAGGGCAUUGAAAAUGGGUUGUAGAUGGGUAUUGCAGCAUGACAAUGAUCCAAAACACACGGCCAAGGCGACAAAGGAGCGGCUCAAGAAGAAGCACAUUAAGGUCCUGGAGUGGCCUAGCCCAUUUCCAGACCUUAAUCCCAUAGAAAAUCUGUGGAGGGUGCUGAAGGUUCGAGUUGCCAAACGUCAGCCUCGAAACCUUAAUGACUUGGAGAAGAUCUGCAAAGAGGAGUGGGACAAAAUCCCUCCUGAGAUGUGUGCAAACCUGGUGGCCAACUACAAGAAACUUCUGACCUCUGUGAUUGCCAACAAGGGUGUUGCCACCAAGUACUAAGUAAUGUUUUGCAGAGGGGUCAAAUACUUAUUUCCCUCAUUAAAAUGAAAAUCAAUUGAUAACAUUUUUGACGUGUUUUUCUGGAUUUUUCUGUUGUUAUUCUGUCUCUCACUGUUCAAAUAAACCUACCAUUAAAAUUAGUGGGCAAACGUACAAAAUCAGCAGGGGAUCAAAUACUUUUUUCCCUCACUGUAUAUUACAGGGAACCCCAAAUGACAGAGUGUUUUUGUCCAGGCCUUUGAAGAAAACCCUGUCACAUUCCUUUCCGACGCACAAACCAACAACAAAGGAGCCUUCUUGUUGUGGAUUGGGAAAAAGCACAUACCAAAACCUGUGUGGGAAAACUAGGCUGCCUGCGCCAAGUUUACAGUAGAUUAUCAAAAGGACUGGAUCCUUGUUUACACCUUCCUCUCAUUGUUUGUUUGUGUAUGGCUGGUUUGGAAAUAAGCACCCACAUUGGAAAUACGGGAAAAUAUAUCAUGCUUUUACCGUAACCAUACAGUACAAUAUGUGGUCUGUGUAACAUUGGCUUGUUGUCAUUGUGUUGUCUUUGCUCACACAGUGGAAUCCACCACGGAGGACGGAGAGAACGCAACAGGCGAGGAACCUGAGCGAACUCCUGUGCCUGUACACACAGGUAAAUACAGUGCAUGGGAAAACACAUCUCUUCCCCUCUCUACCCUCACUCCAACCCCUAUCUUCCCAUCUCUCAUUGGAUGCCAGCUGUUCCCAGCUGCAGUAGUGUGUGUGUGAGAGUGCCAGCCAAAGGCAAGGGCUGGAGAGUUCAGGUGUAUCACCUCUGAGUGAAGCUGGCAUUGACGUGCAGGCAUGUGAGGAGGUUCAUGCACUGUGUAUCAAAGAACCCUGCUCUGCGCCGUUCCCACUCUGAGACACUGUAUACAAGCCUGACAGAUGAAGACCAGACCUCUAGUGCCAAAUGUAAAUACAUCCAUGGAUCUGUAUUAUACACAUUCAACCCUCUGAGAACAUCCACAUACAAAAUCAAAUCAAAUUGUAUUUGUCACAUGCGACGAAUACAACAGGUGUAGACCUUACAGUGAAAUACUUAUUUAUAAGCCCUUAACCAACAAAAAUAAGUGUUAAGUAAAAAAUAAGGGGUGGGGGGGGGGGACAAUGCAAAUAGUCCGGGUAGCCAUUUGAUUAGCUGUUCAGGAGUCGUAUGGCUUGGGGUUAGAAGCUGUUAAGAAGCCUUUUGGACCUAGACUUGGCGCUCCGGUACCGCUUGCCGUUCGGUAGCAGAGAGAACAGUCUAUGACUAGGGUGGCUGGAGUCUGACUGCCUCCAAUAGUUUGCAAUAACCUAUACCCACUGUAAGGUCCAUCACCAUGCAUCGGCCUCUUCUUGCUUGUCUGGAUAUAUGCAAAUAAGUAUAAAGAGUUUGAUCAGUGUUGUAGAUGAGUUAGCGGUGUAGAUGAAAGAGUUCCUGUCCUCCAGGUCUGAUCAUUCUGUCUGCCUGCAGUGUGCUGGGGGCUGCUGGGACUUUUCCCGGCCGUCUGCAGUAGAGGAGAGGAGAAGGGGGAGUAGAGCACUGACUCCUCAGCGGAUCACGUCUACAGGCUACUCUCACAUUCUGAUAAACAGGAGGAUAGGCUUUCCUUAGGGGGGAUAGUUUUGCUUGAAGAGGAUAUUUGUUGCUCCACCACAGGGUUCACUUAUGUUAUGCUUAAAUAACUUGUUACAGAACUCCAGGUAAGUUGUAUCACUCUUUAUGUUGGUUUGUAGCAGGAGUCGUGGGCUGUGGUAGAGUAGACUCACAUCCAUGCGUGUGUAUUUACGCGCGUGUGUUUGAUGUGGUCUAUGCCUGCGCUGACUUGUUCCCAGCCUGCAGCUAUAAUGGAGUUCCACAAAGGUCAAAGGUCUCCUCAGUACAAAGACUGAUGCUUCACAGUGGAAAAGACCUCACCCCAGGAAUGCCAUUAAAACUCGACUGCGGUACACACAUAGAGAAAACAUGUAUCAUACCAGAUUAUACACUCAACGAACAGCUGUGUAAUUCUGAGCUAAUAAAUGUUGUUGAGCUGAGCUCCACUGAGAGUUUGGUUAGGUAGAUUGUGAUGGAUGUGAUUUUGUGUGCCAAGAAUCUGACAGCAUUCUCAACAGCUUUAGUAAAACAUUGAGGCUUUUGAAUCAGUUUCUCUGUAGACAUGUCCCUUAGUGGUGAAACGGCAUCAGAGCUGAGGGCAUGAUUAAUUCAACAAAACACACUGAUGAAAAUAAAUGGAGUGUAGUGUGUGUAUUCAUCUGCAAUGAAUGAUUUCCAAAAGGAGCAGUGUGCAUGCAGUGCUUAACAUUAAAAAGGACAUAGUGACCCCUACUGGCAACCUUGUACAAUUAACUAUUUUGGUAGAUACUCUGUGGAAACAUACUGUUAUGCCCCUUGACUUAAAACUAUUUUUUUGUGAACAAUUGUCUCAUAUCUUAUUUUUAAGGAUAUUUCUCACCAUCCCACCUGCCCUCUUCCUCUCUCUUGUCUCUGUCCCUCUCUCACUCUCUGUCCCUCUCUCUCUCUCUCUGUCCCUCUCUCUCUGUCCCUCUCUCACUCUCUGUCCCUCUCUCACUCUCUGUGUCCCUCUCUCUUGUCUCUGUCCCGCUCUCACUCUCUGUCCCUCUCUCUGUGUCCCUCUCUCUUGUCUCUGUCCCUCUCUCACUCUGUGUCCCUCUCUCUGUGUCCCUCUCUCUUGUCUCUGUCCCUCUCUCACUCUCUGUCCCUCUCUCACUCUCUGUCCCUCUCUCUUGUCUCUGUCCCUCUCUCACUCUCUGUGUCCCUCUCUCUUGUCUCUGUCCCUCUCUCUGUGUCCCUCUCUCUUGUGCUGUAGGUGAGGAAGAGCAGGGUUCCAUGGCUGAGGUGUCCUACUACUCCUAUGAGUAUGACCCUGAACCCUUCCCUGCCGAGGGAGAGGACCAUUUGGAGCUGGAGGCAGGGGAGCAGGGGGGAGAGCAGGAGAGUCCAUCAGAUAUCCAGUUACCCACACUGGACACAAAUGACCCCCCUGAGCGAUGGUACGGCUCUCUGUCUCUCUGCACAACAACACUGAGUUUGAACCACAGGAGGCUGCUGAGGGGAGAACGGCUCAUAAUAAUGUUCGGAACGGCGCUAAUGGAAUGGCAUCAAACACCUGGAAACCAUGUUUGAUACCAUUCCACUGAUUCCGCUCCAGUCAUUACCACGAGCCCGUUCUCCCCAAUUAAGGUGCCACCAACCUCCUGUGGUUUGAACCAUUAACAUGGUGGUAACGUGAAUAGGGCUUGAAAUGAACUCAACUGUGACUUUGUAACAUCAAACCUGUGUCAGUCUAUAUCCACUGUAAUAACAAAGUGUAUUCAGAUACCUCUACAUCAAAGAUAGCAUAUCUGUACCUUUCUACCCGAUUGCAAUGAAGAACCUUAGAGAUCUUAUUCAGUGUCCUGUUCUCCUCUCCUCCACAGAAACUGCCCCUGACUGCAUCACCAGCCAGAUCUCCAAAUUGUACAUUGUUUGUGAAUAUGUUAGUGAGUGGAGAGAGAAGGAAGAGUGGGGACUGCAGCCUGAAAGGAAGUGAUUGUGUGUGUGUGUGUGUGUGUGUGUACGUUAAUGACUUAAGGACUGUGUGUCACUAAGCUAGUCCCCCUCUAGCCCGCUUUGUUUCUCUCUCUUAUAUCUCCAGUCUCCUAUUCACCAGUAGACACCACAGCCAUAGCGUCUUUGAUAUUCACUGUAGUGCCUUUACAUUGUUUUUCUGUAAUCUCUAGAUUGAAUAAUCAAGUAUUUAUGUUUGUAAUUACACCUGAGUUAAAACAAUUGUUUUGUUGUUUUUUCUAUCUGUGGUAUUUAUUUGUAGCUAGUGCUUUUGUUUUGUUUUAUUUGUUCCAAUGCCACCCCCUAUUGCCUUCUUGUCCUGUCACCUACACCAGUGUCUUCAUUUCAUUCAUCAACAAUGACAAGAUGUGAUGCACCUAUUAUUCUUAUUCGGAGGAAGCCUUAGGUCAAACACUGAGGUGUACAGUUGAUAUCUUUAUAUACUUAUUUGGUGUUUAACCUGCUAGAGAUCGAGAUUGCAUUUCUGCAGCCUUAAACUGGAGGAUAAGAAGCUCAAUUAUUCUAGACAUCUUUACCAAGCUACCAAUAUCUUCACAUAAGUCCUAUUUGGGUAGAGCUGUCACCUUACUGUUGAACACACAGGGAUUUUAUUGUACAGUACAUAAGCUAUUUUGUUUUGUUAAAUGUUGACUCUUGAUAGCAUAAAACAAGAAUAAAGGUUUGGAAUUACUGUAAAUUUACCAAAUUUAAACCAGUCUAACCCCACAUCCAUUUCCAAUACAGUUGCUUUUGAAAAAGAAUAAACUUUGUAUACAA